AUGCCGCUAAUUCAGAAAAGGUUUGUCUCCUCCUUUCAAGUCCAACAACUCAAUAUCCUGUGGCAGGGAGUGUGGGAAGCGAGGGGUGAGUGUAUGGAGUGAGGUGUGAGUGUGGGGGUGAGUGUGGAAAGCGAGGGGUGAGUGUGGAAAGCGAGGGGUGAGUGUGGAAAGCGAGGGAUGAGUAUGGGGAGCGAGGGUUGAGUGUGGGAGCAAGGAGUGAGUGUGGGGAGAGAGGGGUGAGUUUGGGGAGCGAAGUGUGAGUGUGGGGAGCGAAGUGUGAGUUGUGGGGAGCGAGGGGUGAGUGUGGGAGUGAGGGGUGAGUGUGGGGAGCGAGGGGUGAGUGUGGGGAGCGAAGGGUGAGUGUGGGGAGCGAGGGGUGAGUGUGGGGAGUAAGGGGUGAGUGUGGGGGAGCGAGGGGUGAGUGUGGGGAGCGAGGGGUGAGAGUGGGGAGCGAAGGGUGAGUGUGGGGAGUAAGGGGUGAGUGUGGGGAGCGAGGGGUGAGAGUGGGGAGCGAGGGUGAAUGUGGGGAGUGAGGGGUGAGAGUGGGGAGCGUGGGGUGAGUGUGGGGAGCAAGGGGUGAGUGUGGGGAGUAAGGGGUGAGUGUGGGGAGCGAGGGGUGAGAGUGGGGAGCGAGGGGUGAGUCUGAGAGAUCAGCCUGGAAAGCAGAAAUACACAGGGCCUCAUGCGGACAGUCUGUUGCCUCUGUGUGUGUUUGUAUGUGUGUGUGUGUGUGUGUGUGUGUGUGUGUGUGGUGUGUGUGUGUGUGUGUGUGUGUGUGUGUGUGUGUGUGUGUGUGUGUGUGUGUGUGUGUGCAUGUGUGUCUCACAUGAGCACAUGUUUGUUAUAACACCACCAGUCGAUUAUGCAUCUGCUUCCUGAUUGGCUAAUUUUAUCCUGUUGGGGCCAUGGGACACCCCCGUCUGCGAGGUGACCUCCAGUAAGCCUGCUGAUUGGCCCAGAUGUGUGCCCUUGUUAAACCUAACUGCUGCUUACACUAGUCUGAUCACAGGAUCAAGGGCCCUAAUGGACUUUACUGCUUAUCCCUGGGACCGGGCUCUCCAGCACACCCGGGUGCUCCAGGUUGAAACUAAAAGCUAUAAAAGCACUGUUCCACGAAGACCGAUCACUGAGCCAUUUAUUUUAGACUCAGAGGUCAUGACCUCUGUGUAUAGACAUAUGAAGAGUCCAAGGGCCAGCCACAAACCAGAACAUCCAUUUAGCGGAAGCUAAAUAUUAGAUAAAGGCCAGUAGCAUAAGCUAAAUAUUAGAUAAAGGCCAGUAGCAUAAGCUAAAUAUUAGAUAAAGGCCAGUAGCAUAAGCUAAAUAAUAGAUAAAGGGCAGUAGCAUAAGCUAAAUAUUUGUGAUGAGUGUGAUGGAAAGGAGUCAGGCGCAGGAGGGUAAUCACCGAAUACAGAGUUUAUGCCUUCGUAGACACACAAAUGCGCUCAAAUAGCGAUCAACGAAACAUGCACAGGGGAAAAUAUACCCUGGCAUCAAUAUGUUAUGAGUAGCUCCACCGAGCUACACUACUCUCACAAAUAAAAAUCACCCACAAGGACAAGGGGGCAGAGGGAACACUUAUACACGGACUAAUUAGUGGAUAGGAACCAGGUGUGUGUGAUUGACAAGACAAUUGUGAUGAUGAUUGGGGCGGCAGUGGUUAGUAAGCCGGUGACGACGAACGCCGAACAAGGAGGGGAGGCAGCCUUGGCCGAAGUCGUGAGAAUAUUAGAUAAAGUCCAGUAGCGUAAGCUAAGUAUUAGAUAAAGGCCAGUAGCAUAAGCUAAGUAUUAGAUAAAGGCCAGUAGCAUAAGCUAAAUAUUAGAUAAAGGCCAAUAGCAUAAGCUAAGUAUUAGAUAAAGGCCAGUAGCAUAAGCUAAAUAUUAGAUAAAGGUCAGUAGCAUAAGCUAAAUAUUAGAUAAAGACCAGUAGCAUAAGCUAAGUAGUAGAUAAAGGCCAGUAGCAUAAGCUAAGUAUUAGAUAAAGGCCAGUAGCAUAAGCUAAAUAUUAGAUAAAGGCCAGUAGCAUAAGCUACAGUUUAGAUAAAGGACAGUAGCAUAAGCUACAGUUUAGAUAAAGGCCAGUAGCAUAAGCUAAAUAUUAGAUAAAGGCUAAUAGCAUAAGCUAAGUAUUAGAUAAAGACCAGUAGCAUAAGCUAAAUGUCACAUGGCCUGUGUGCCUGCUGGUAGUUUGAAUAAGCCAAACAUUAUCAUAAUUAUCAUUAUGUAAAAAAAUAAAAUUAAAGAAUCUUCCAAAAACAAUAACAGUUGUGAGAAUUAAUGGUAUUAUAGGCAAUUGUACAUUACUUUUCACAAUGCAAAUUGUUUAUCAUAACAAUAAUGUUACAUUCACUGCUAAAUUGUACUAAAUUUCACCUGCAAGAUAUUUUCCUUUUUUUUUUAAAUCUGUGACUCCGCAAAUGGUGGUCCUCAAGAGCUUUUGACAGUGAUUUGGUGGUCCCUGGAACGGAAGAGGUUGGGAACCGCUGACCUAGAGAUUGUGAUGUCCUAUAGUACACACAAUGCAUGAAGUGUGUGUGUGUGUGUGUGUGUGUGUGUGUGUGUGUGUGUGUGUGUGUGUGUGUGUGUGUGUGUGUGUGUGUUGGGAUAUGUUUGUACAUGAACAAACUUCUAAUAGCAUAAACAGUUUGUGGUAUUAUGCCACCAGUCACCAAGCAAAAAUUUUUAAUACUUUCUUUCUUUCUAUUCUCACAUCUCUCUCUCACUCACACACACACACACACACACACACACACUUCGGGUGAGACAUUUUGAAACAGGCCUAGAUUACUGUUAAUCCUGGAUCAGAUUGGGUUAACAGGAGCUUCUCAGUCCUGGCCCUGUUGUAAACUGUUGUUGGAUAACACAGGCUGUUUUGAACUAUUUUUGUGGUCCUCUGUAGCUCAGCUGGUAGAGCACGGCGCUUGUAAUGCCAAGGUAGUGGGUUCGAUCCCCGGGACCACCCAUACACAAAAAAAAAAAUGUAUGCAAGCAUGACUGUAAGUCGCUUUGGAUAAAAGUGUCUGCUAAAUGGCUUAUUAUUAGAGAGCGUAGUGAGGACCUACUGUGCUUUAUACUAGUCCUGCUGAGACUGAGGGUGUCCUAAUAUGGACACCGUACUUAUUGAUCACACACAGUGGCCUCAUGGGUCAUUCCUCCCAGUCUCCUAUACUCAGUCAUCGUGAUCAGGGUUUACCAUACAUCCAUAUUGGUAAUCUUGUCCAAACCUCCAUGGACUAAAGUUGAACAUUAGGUCAACCUCAGAUGUAGUACAGUGAAUCACCUGGUUGUUGGCUUUGAUGCUUCCUUGUGUCAAGUUACAAGCAGAGCUAUCAUUUAAGAGAAAAUAUAGUGAAGAGUAAAGCUCCGUGUGUACACGUGCAGACGCACACACACACACACAGACGCACACACACACACACACACACAAACACACACACACACACACACACAAACACAAACACACAAACACACACAAACACAAACACACAAACACACACACACAGUUUUAAUAUGAUAACUAGUGGUCUGUCUUGUGGAAUGCAGGAUGAGUCAUGGGAUGUGUUUGAUGGCUCUAAUAAACACCAUGGAUCAUUCUAGAACAUUAUAUCAGGGCAAUAAUUUGUCACAGCAGCACAUUGCCAUGGUGACAGAGGAGCGUUGUUGCCAAGGAGGUGUUGUGGAGAUCAGAGGAUCAGAAGAUCAGAGGAUCAGAGAGCAGCCUUGUUACUGGAGGAAGUAAACAAGAAAAUGGACUCCGCCCCAUAGCACACAUUACACACCAUUGUGUCUUGAGUAACAUCAAACCAUGAAGAAUCCCUGAAUGUCUGGUCUAUGGCUCAGAUAGCCUUGCUCUCCUUGUCUCUGUACAGUAGAGGGCUUAGCCCCCCCCCCCCCCCGGAUAGAUGGAUUAGGUGUAAGGCAGUCAGAGAAAGGGCAUGAUUUACCCCCCUCCACCCCUCCACCUCUCCAGUGUUGGCUGUACAACUUGUGUUUUUCCCCCUGGUCAAUUUCAUAUCCAAAACAAAGUGGAUCUGUGCCCCUGUCCUCCUCAGGGGAGGCUAGAGAGGGGGAAGGAAUAAUCUGAUUGUUGUUUCAUAUUUUCCUGUGUGUAAGCUGCUGUGGUGAUCCACCCCUCCACCCCCCCCCCCCCCCCCCCCCCCCCCCGAUUAAAUGAAUCGGCCGCAGAGGCAGGUUCCCAGGCACUGUGAUCCGGUCUGAUCCACUGUGAUCCGAUUGCCUGGCAGGCAAUGUGGGAUGCAAGGCUAAGCCUUGUUAACACAAGUGUUUAAUAACUCAGCUAAAUCUGCUUAGCUCCUCCUUUCGUCCCGCACACACACACACACACACACACACACACACACACACACACACACACACACAGACCCAUUAGUGUCAGUACAGGCCUAUAUAGGGUCACAUGGCUACAGCAAGCUGCCAGUAUUAUCCUGUGUUGAGGGUAUUUCCCAGAGCGUGUUUUCAUUAGUGUUAAACAAACGCUUUUUAUCCAACUAUGGAGCCAUCUUUGUUCCCCUUGAGCUUUACAGUAAUGUCACUCAGAUCACGGGUUCAUUAUCACUGAGCUCUCUGUAAAGACACAAAGAGAAUGCCUUUUACAGAAAAACGAUUCCACGUACAGAGAUGCCUCAGAAAGUGAUUGAGCUAAAUCGAUAAUUUUUCUCCUACAGAUAUGAAAUAGUUUUAUGCUGUUGAGUGCAUUGACAACUACAGCCCAGAAAAAUACUGCUUUCUUUUUUAUGUUGUCAGAAAAGUUUUUCAAAGAGAAUGGGGAGAUCAAGCAGAAUGUCCUAACGUUAGCACUGUUAUCGUUUUUUUAAAAGAAAAUUCACUUCUCCUGUGAAUGUGAAUCAGUGUGUGCGUGUGUGUGUGAGAGAGAGAGUGUGUGUGUGUGUGUGUGUGUGUGCACCCUUAACCCCCACCCCUAGGUAGGGAAAACAUGACCAGAGUAAACACCACAGUGCAGUUUAAACAUAGACAAACCACAACCAGUACAAAACGAAAACAAACCUAGACUCAACACACACACACACACACACACACGGUGGGCUGGUGGGAGGAGUGUUUGUAGAAGAACGAGGGAGGUCUUCAGGAUCCUCUAAACAGGAUGGUGUUCCUUCAUAUUGAUAUUGUACUGGUGCUCUGUCAUAUCGAAUCAGCUGCCCAUAAGUACGUCUACCUUUCAUUGAUGAAAUGAAGCAUCGCUGUUUAUGCUUUUGAUAACCUGCGUGUCCUCCAGCAGGUAGAGAGGUGUGGUCAGAGAAGGGGUGCAGCUUGGCCUGUGGGUUGUUGGGUUGUUGGGUGGUGUUAAGCAUCACUAAUCGGAGGGCAAAGACCCAACUCUUCACGGAGAGCUUGAUGAGCCACUCAGCCCUGGUACAUCUGCUAUGCAUUAUGAGUUCCACAGCUACACAUGUAAGGAAACACAAACAGAGCAACCACCAUCCCCUCCUUCUCAUCACACACACAUGCACGCACGCACACACACACACACACACACACACACACCACACACACACACACACACACACACACACACACACACACACACACAACACAUACACACACAUACAUGCAUCAGGGUUGGGCUCAAUUCAGAAUUUUUGAAUUGACUCCCAUUAAACUCAUGAGUUGAAAUUCGAAUUGAACUGGCCACACCCCACAGGAUGUAGAAUUUGAAUGUGAGUGACAGGAAGUAUAAUUUAAUUCAGUGCAAUUCAAAUAAAUUCCACUCAGUCAUAGAACAUGAGAAUAUUAUUGAAUCUGACAUGUCACACUUCCAGAUACCAAAGAAUAUAUCACUUUUCUCUGGAAACAAUGUUCAUAUAUUAUUUUAACCUUAGUGCUUAGAAUAGCCAAUUGUAUUUCCACCAACCAUUUCAUUUGUUUGGCUUCUUUUUGAAGGCCUUAAGGUCAACUUGAGGGUUAAACUAAUGCAUUCUGGGAAAUGUAGUAUCUUUCCGCCCCAAUAUUGAACAUAAUUUAAGUGAUUCAUGAAAUACAAUAACUUAGAAUAUUCAUAUACCGGUUUUGUUUUCCUUGAUCAUUUAUUUUGUCCUGAAAUUCAAUUAUAUAUGUUUGAUGUUUUAUGUACAAUAUGUAUAUUUGUAUAGACAACACCUAAUAUAGAAUAGAGGCAUUUGAAUUUCAUAGAAUUUUACUGAAUUCAAUUAUAUUUCCUUUAAUUAAAAUUCGAAUUGAAAUUCAAUAAUUGAAUUUACUACUUCAAUUCAAAUUCAAGAAUUGAAUUGGAAUUUAUGAGGCAUUCUCAAUUCAAUUCUGAAUUGAGCCUAACCCUGGCACGCACGCAUGCACACACACACACACACACACACACACACACACACACACAGUGUUAUAUACACAAAUACCCUCCUGAAAGUAUGUGUGGGACACCCAGCAGAAUGGCUGUGGCCCAUCUGGGCCCAAUGUCCCGGUCAGAACCAAAGCAGCUCCACAUGUUGCCUUUGAAGUGGCUCUGAGCCCAGCUGGGGCUGAUAAACCAGGGGGUUUACGUUGGUUCAGAAGUCAGCCUGGAGGGGAGGAGGGAGUUGGGGGGAUCGAGUGUGUGUGUGUGGGGGGGGGGGGGGGGGGGCACAGUGUGUCAUGUCCAUAUUGUCUGGUUCUGGUGCCCCACAUGUUUUCCGUUGACCUUUUUUUUCCCGAGCCCUCCUGUGAAAUCUAAUAGCACUACUCAUGAUGGGGCUGCUGUGUCCCUGUGUGAUCCUGGGGUCAGUCUGCUGAUGUCUCUGGUGGUGGAUAUACUCACCCCUCUGUGCUGUUCCCAGGUCAGUUGCAGGCAGACAGACAGACAGACAGACAGACAGACAGACAAGCAGACAGACAGGCUGGCAGGUAGGUGGGUAGGAAGAGAGAGAGAGAGAGAGAGAGAGAGGGGAGAGAGAGAGAGAGAGAGAGAGAGAGAGAGAGAGAGAAGAGAGAGAGAGAGAGAGAGAGAGAGAGAGAGAUAAGUUCAUUUUAGUGAAAUUAUGCCCUUGGAUGUGCAUUAAGACAUCAGGAAUUGGGCCUCCUGUUCCUUUUCAGUUUCACUGUGUGUGCAAACACAAUGCAUUCAUGGGCCCUAAGGGAAAUGAGUGCAAUACAAUAAGGUAACAUCUAUCACAAAUAUUAUUGAAACAACUAUUGAAAUUCUAAUCUCAAGUCUUCACAAAUGAAUAACACAAUCCCGACGAAUGUCCACCGCCGUGCCUGAGUGGCUGCACCAUGAAGCCGACGGAAACAAACGACUGGCUCCAUAGAACAGCUCAACCGAAAACCUCAAGCAAAUUUCCAUUGUUGACUCACCCCAGGACCAUAAAUCCCUCGCAGCCCCCUCCCCUCCCCUAUUGUGGUGAGUGGCUAGAAUGGGAUCACUCCAUGUAGCCUCCCACACAAAGGUGCUAGUUCAACCAUUACCUGUGAGAGCCUCUUCUCAUCACUAAGCAGGGACUGACCUGGACACCGCUGAAAUAGCCACUUCUCCUGUCUCUUUGUUCUUUAUAAAAGCCCAGUCAUUUGUUUAGCCACCAAAUCACAAAUGAAUGAACAUUUACAAACCAAAUGGGGGCUUGUUUGCUGGUUAUAUCUGUCAUUCAAAGCAGGCGUUAAAGGGAUAGUUCACCUAAAUUACAAAAUGACAUAAUGGUUUCCUCACCCUGUAAGCAGUCUAUGGACAAGGUAUGACAGCAAUCCAUGCUUUGGUAUACUUUCCCUGGCACUGUUUCCACAUGCUAACGUUUCAGCAUUUGUGGCAAUAAUCCUAUUCAAGUCAUGGAACCGAUAUUAGCAUUUUUUUAGCAUCAUAUUUAAAACAUCUAUAAGUUACUUUGUUGAGUUUCACAAUCAAUUUUAGAUACUUUUGGAUGAUUUGGACAUGAUGCGCAAAGAAUUACAAAAUUGGUCCCAUGACUUGACUGGGAUUUGUGCCGCAAAUGUUAAAACGGGAAACUAAACCAAAGCAUGGAUUGCUGUCACACCUUGUCCAUAGACUGCUCACAGGCUAAGGAAACCAAUGUGUCAUUUUGUAAUUUGGGUAAACUAUCCCUUUAAUGGAGUGCAUCUCCACUCUAAACUAAUGUAGUUGGGGGGGAAACAGAGAAAUGGGCCAGAGAGUGAUUUGCGAGGGAAAUGAAGUGACACUGUGAUCAUGUGUCAAUAUCUACACUGUCUUUCAAAAUACAAAAAGACCAAACAUUGUUGAAAACAUCGGGCAGCGUUUCAAAACAGUUGGGGUUUGCCUGGAACACAUCUUCCUAUCUACUCUAAAUUAAAUACCACAGAUGGAAUCACCAUAUUGUGCACACAGGAUUGGAUUGUAGGGGUAGUAUGUAAUUUACUUACGUCACUUACAACAAGCAUACGUAUUUAGACUUAUCUACGUAUAACAUAUACAGUACCAGUCAAAAGUUUGGACACACCUACUCAUGCAAGGGCUUUUCUUUAUUUUUACUAUUUUCUACAUUGUAGAAUAAUAGUGAAGACAUCAAAACUAUGAAAUAACACAUAUGGAAUCAUGUAGUAACCAAAAAAGUAUUAAACAAAUCAAAUAUAUUUUAUAUUUGAGAUUCUUCAAAGUAGCCACCCUUUGCCUUGAUGACAGCUUUGCACACUCUUGCCAUUCUCUCAACCAGCUUCACCUGGAAUGCUUUUCCAACAGUCUUGAAGGAGUUCCCACAUAUGCUGAGCCAGGUCAUCUGAUGCAAAACUCUAUCACUCUCCUUCUUGGUCAAAUAGCCCUUACACAGCCUGGAGGUGUGUUUUGGGUCAUUGUCCUGUUGACAAACAAAUGAUAGUCCCUCUAAGAGCAAACCAGAUGGGAUAGUGUAUCACUGCAGAAUGCUGUGGUAGCCAUGCUGGUUAGCCGUGUGCCUUGAAUUCUAAAUAAAUCACAGACAGUGUCACCAGCAAAGCACCCCCACAUCAUCACAUCUCCUCCUCCAUCCUUCAAGGUGGGAACCACACAUGCGGAGAUCAUCCAUUCACCUACUCGACGUCUCAUAAAGACACGGCGGUUGGAACCAAAAAUCUCAAAUUUGGACUCAUCAGACCAAAGGACAGAUUUCCACUGGUCUAAUGUCCAUUGUUCGUGUUUCUUGGCCCAAGCAAGUCUCUUCUUAUUAUUGGUGUCCUUUAGUAGUGGUUUCUUUGCAGCAAUUUGACCAUGAAGGCCUGAUUCACGCAGUCUCCUCCUCUGAACAGUUGAUGUUGCUAUGUGUCUGUUACUUGAACUCUGUGAAGCAUUUAUUUGAGCUGCAAUCUCAGGUGCAGUUAACUCUAAUGAACUUAUCCUCUGCAGCAGAGGUAACUCUGGGUAUUCCUUUCCUGUGGCGGUCCUCAUGAGAGUCAGUUUCAUCAUAGCGCUUGAUGGUUUUUGCGUCUGCACUUGAAGAAACUUUCAAAGUAAUGAUGGACUGUCGUUUCUCUUUGCUUAUUUGAGCUGUUCUUUCCAUAAUAUGGACUUGGUCUUUUACCAGAUAGGGCUAUCUUCUGUAUACCACCCCUACCUUGUCAGAACACAACUGAUUGGCUCAAACGCAUUAAGAAGGAAAGAAAUUCCACCAAUGAACUUGUAACAAGGCACACCUGUUAAUUGAAAUGCAUUCCAGGUGACUACCUCAUGAAGCUGGUUGAGAGAAUGCCAAGAGUGUGCAAAGGUGUCGUCAAGGCAAAGGGUGGCUACUUUGAAGAAUCUCAAAUAUAAAAUAUAUUUUGAUUUGUUUAACACUUUUUUGGUUGCUACAUGAUUCCAUAUGUGUUAUUUCAUAGUUUUGAUGUCUUCACUAUUAUUCUAUAAUGUAGAAAAUAGUACAAAUAAAGAAAAACCCUUGAAUGAGUAGGUGUGUCCAAACCUUUGACUGGUACUGUACGUAUUUAGACAUAUCUACCUAUAAUAUAUACUUAUUUAGACGUAUCUAUCUAUACCAUAUUCGUAUUUAGCCGCAUCUAUGUAUAACAUAUAUGUAUUUAGACGUAUCUACGUAUAAUAUAUACGUAUUUAGAAGUAUCUACGUAUAACAUAUACUUAUUUAGAUGUCUCUACCUACAGUGAGGGAAAAAACGUAUUUGAUCCCCUGCUGAUUUUGUACGUUUGCCCACUGACAAAGAAAUGAUCAGUCUAUAAUUUUAAUGGUAGGUUUAUUUAAACAGUGAGAGACAGAAUAACAACAACAAAAAUCCAGAAAAACGCAUGUCAAAAAUGUUAUAAAUUGAUUUGCAUUUUAAUGAGGGAAAUAAGUAUUUGAUCCCCUCUCAAUCAGAAGGAUUUCUGGCUCCCAGGUGUCUUUUACACAGGUAACGAGCUGAGAUUAGGAGCACACUCUUAAAGGGAGUGCUCCUAAUCUCAGCUUGUUACCUGUAUAAAAGACACCUGUCCACAGAAGCAAUCAAUCAAUCAGAUUCCAAACUCUCCACCAUGGCCAAGACCAAAGAGCUCUCCAAGGAUGUCAGGGACAAGAUUGUAGACCUACACAAGGCUGGAAUGGGCUACAAGACCAUCGCCAAGCAGCUUGGUGAGAAGGUGACAACAGUUGGUGCGAUUAUUCGCAAAUGGAAGAAACACAAACAAACUGUCAAUCUCCCUCGGCCUGGGGCUCCAUGCAAGAUCUCACCUCGUGGAGUUGCAAUGAUCAUGAGAACGGUGAGGAAUCAGCCCAGAUCUACACGGGAGGUCAAUGAUCUCUUGUCAAUGAUCUCAAGGCAGCUGGGACCAUAGUCACCAAGAAAACAAUUGGUAACACACUACGCCGUGAAGGACUGAAAUCCUGCAGCGCCCGCAAGGUCCCCCUGCUCAAGAAAGCACAUAUACAGGGCCGUCUGAAGUUUGCCAGUGAACAUCUGAAUGAGUCAGAGGAGAACUGGGUGAAAGUGUUGUGGUCAGAAGAGACCAAAAUCGAGCUCUUUGGCAUCAACUCAACUCGCCUGUUUGGAGGAGGAGGAAUGCUGCCUAUGACCCCAAGAACACCAUCCCCACCGUCAAACAUGGAGGUGGAAACAUUAUGCUUUGGGGGUGUUUUUCUGCUAAGGGGACAGGACAACUUCACUGCAUCAAAGGGACGAUGGACGGGGCCAUGUACCGUCAAAUCUUGGGUGAGAACCUCCUUCCCUCAGCUAGGGCAUUGAAAAUGGGUCGUGGAUGGGUAUUCUAGCAUGACAAUGACUCAAAAGACACGGCCAAGGCAACAAAGGAGUGGCUCAAGAAGAAGCACAUUAAGGUCCUGGAGUGGCCUAGCCAGUCUCCAGACCUUAAUCCCAUAGAAAAUCUGUGGAGGGAGCUGAAGGUUCGAGUUGCCAAACGUCAACCUCGAAACCUUAAUGACUUGGAGAAGAUCUGCAAAGAGGAGUGGAACAAAAUCCCUCCUGAGAUGUGUGCAAACCUGGUGGCCAACUACAAGAAACGUCUGACAUCUGUGAUUGCCAACAAGGGUUUUGCCACCAAGUACUAAGUCAUGUUUUGCAGAGGGGUCAAAUACUUAUUUCCCUCAUUAAAAUGCAAAUCAAUUCAUAACAUUUUUGACAUGCGUUUUUCUGGAUUUUUUUGUUGUUAUUCUGUCUCUCACUGUUCAAAUAAACCUACCAUUAAAAUUAUAGACUGAUCAUGUCUUUGUCAGUGGACAAACGUACAAAAUCAGCAGGGGAUCAAAUACUUUUUUCCCUCACUGUAUAACAUAUGUUGCUGCUCUUAUGAUCGAAAAGAGCUUCUGGACAUCAGAACAGCGAUUACUCACCUUGAACUGGACUAAUAAUUGUUCUUUAAUGAGUCGGACGAGAGGGAUUUGCUCCAGACACCCGACAGGGCCCUCAUCCCCAUCGUUCGCAGUAGAAAGUAAAGAAGAUAUUGCAGAAGGAGAUCGGGGUGCCUGGUAAGGCGUCGGCGACGAGUGGCUAAUCUGCCUUUGCCAUCCAUCGAUACUAUUGGCCAACGUACAAUCGCUUGAUAAUAAAGUGGACGAACUAGAAGUACGUAUAUCCUACCAAUUGGACAUUAAAAGCUGUAAUAUCUUAUGUUUCACUGAGUCGUGGCUGAAUGACGACAUGAAUAACAUACAGCUGGCGGGUUAUACACUGUAUCGGCAGGAUAGAACAGCAGCCUCUGGUAAGACAAGGGGUGGCGGUCUAUGUAUAUUUGUAAACAACAGCUGGUGCAUGAUAUCUAAGGAAGUCUCAAGGUUUUGCUCGCCUGAGGUAGAGUAGCUCAUGAUAAGCUGUAGACCACACUAUCUACCAAGAGAAUUUUCAUCUAUAUUCUUCGUAGCUGUCUAUUUACCACCACAAACCGAUGCUGGCACUAAGACCACUCUCAAUGAACUGUAUACGGCCAUACUCCACACACAGAGACGCGUACAAAGCUCUCCCUCGCCCUCCAUUUGGCAAAUCUGACCAUAAUAUCUAUCCUCCUGAUUCCUGCUUAAAAGCAAAAACUAAAGCAGGAAGCACCAGAGACUCGGUCAAUAAAAAAGGGAUCAGAUGAAGCAGAUGCUAAGCUACAGGACUGUUUUGCUAGCACAGACUGGAACAUGUUCCGGGAUUCUUCCGAUGGCAUUGAGGAGUACACCACAUCAGUCACUGGCUUCAUCAAUAAGUGCAUCGAUGACGUCGUCCCCACAGUGACUGUACAUACAUACCCCAACCAGAAGCAAUGGAUUACAGGCAACAUCCGCACUGAGCUAAAGGGUAGAGCUGCCGCUGUCAAGGAGCGGGACUCUAACCCGGAAGCUUAUAAGAAAUCCCGCUAUGGCCUCCGACGAACCAUCAAACAGCCAAAGAGUCAAUACAGGACUAAGAUCGAAUCAUACUACACCGGCUCCGACGCUCGUCGGAUGUGGCAGGGCUUUCAAACUAUUACAGACUACAAAGGGAAGCACAGCCGCGAGCUGCCUAGUGACACAAGCCUACCAGAUUAGCUAAAUUACUUCUAUGCUCGCUUCGAGGCAAGUAACACUGAAACAUGCAUGAGAGCAUCAGCUGUUCCGGACGACUGUGUGAUCACGUCUCUGUAGCCGAUGUGAGUAAGACCUUUAAACAGGUCAACAUUCACAAGGCCGCAGGGCCAGACGGAUUACCAGGACGUGUACUCCGAGCAUGCGGUGAGUCUGUAAUACCAACAUGUUUCAAGCAGACCACCAUAGUCCCUGUGACCAAGAACAUGACUACCGACCCGUAACACUCAUGUCUGUUGCCAUGAAGUGUUUUGAAAGGCUGGUCAUGGCUCACAUCAACACCAUUAUCCCAGAAACCCUAGACCCACUCCAAUUUGCAUAACGCCCCAACAGAUCCACAGAUUAUGCAAUCUCUAUUGCGCUCCACACUGCCCUUUCACAGCUGGACAAAAGGAACACGUAUGUGAGAAUGCUAUUCAUUGACUACAGCUCAGCGUUCAACACCAUAGUGCCCUCAAAGCUCAUCAAUAAGCUAAGGACCCUGGGACUAAACACCUCCCUCUGCAACUGGAUCCUGGACUUCCUGACGGGCCGCCCCCAGGUGGUAAGGGUAGGUAACAACACAUCCGCCAUGCUGAUCCUCAACAGGGGGCCCCUCAAGGGUGCGUGCUCAGUCCCCUCCUGUACUCCCUAUUCACUCAUGACUGCAUGACCAGGCAUGACUCCAACACCAUUAUUAAGUUUGCCGAUGACACAACAGUGGUAGGCCUGAUCACCGACAACGACGAGACAACCUAUAGGGAGGAGGUCAGAGACCUGGCAGUGUGGUGCCAGGAUAACAACCUCUCCCUCAACGUGAUCAAGACAAAGGAGAUGAUUGUGGACUACAGGAAAAAGAAGAGGACCGAGCACUCCCCCAUUUUCAUCGACGUGGUUGUAGUGGAGCAGGUUGAGAGCUUCAAGUUCCUUGGUGUCUACAUCACCAACAAACUAACAUGGUCCAUGCACACCAAGACAGUCGUGAAGAGGCCACGACAAAGCCUAUUCCCCCUCAGGAGACUGAAAAGAUUUGGCAUGGGUCCUCAGAUCCUCAAAAGGCUCUACAGCUGCACCAUCGAGAGCAUCCUGACUGGUUGCAUCACUGCCUGGUAUGGCAACUGCUCGGCGUCCGACCGCAAGGCACUACAGAGGGUAGUGUGUACGGCCCAGUACAUCACUGGGGCCAAGCUUCCUGCCAUCCAGGACCUCUAUACCAGGCGGUGUCAGAGGAAGGCCCUAAAAAUUGUCAAAGACUCCAGCCACCCUAGUCAUAGACUGUUCUCUCUGCUACUGCACGGCAAGCAGUACCAGAGCGCCAAGUCUAGGUCCAAGAGGCUUCUAAACAGCUUCUACCCCCAAGCCAUAAGACUAAUGAACAUCUAAUCAAAUGGCUACCCAGGUCAUUUGCAUUGCACCCCCCCCCCCCCCCCCCCCCCCCCCCCCUUUUACGCUGCUGCUACUCUCUGUUUGUUAUCCAUGAACAGUCAUUUUAAUAACUCUACCUACAUGUACCUAUUACCUCAAUUACCUCGACUAACUCGGUACCGGUACCCACUGUAUAUAGCCUCACUAUUGUUAUUUAACUGCUGCUCUUUAAUUAUUUGUUACUUUUAUUUCUUAUAAUUUUUUUAUUUAAUGUUUUUUUGGUAUUUUUGGGGGUAAAAAUUGCAAUGUUGGUUAAGGGCUUGUAAGUAAGCAUUUCACUGUUGUAUUCGGCGAAUGUGAGAAAUAAGAUUUGAUUCGAUUUGAUUUGAUUUAGACGUAUGUACGUAUAAUAUAUAUGUAUUUAGACUUAUCUAGACGUAUAUGUGUGGCAGAACACGUAAUUUAGUAUACUUAAUAGCUCGUUAAAGUUUACCCAGAACUCCCAAUUCCCUAAUAUACUCACUACUCACUCAAUACUAUCAGCUUGCCAAAUCCUACAAAUGUACAAGCAUAAAUGAGAAAACCAUCACAUAUUCUAUGGUUGAAUGCCUUAAAGAAGAAGCUGAAAUACAUAUUGUAAGGCUUAUUCCACCUGUUUUAUGAUAAGUCAAGCAUGGGGUACAGACAUGCAGCAUUCAAUCAUAUGUCUAUCGUGGCUCAGUAUCCUUGACGCUGUUCAAUAUUCUGUGCUAUUCUAUAUGAUUCUAUGUAGAAUAGCUAUUUUACAUUGUCUAUGGGUGGCAGGUAGCUUAGUGGGUAAGAGCGUUGUGCCAGUAACCGAAAUCCCCGAGCCGACUAGGUGAAAAAUCUGUCGAUGUGCCCUUAAGCAAGGCACUUAACCCUAAUUGCUCCUGUAAGUCGCUCUGGAUAAGAGCGUCUGCUAAAUAUGUAAAAUGUCUACAGACCUGAUAUUCAAGGAAUAAUGCUGGCAGGAGAGCUUAGCUGCUUAAUUGGAGACUGUAGUAGGGCGCAGACUGCAAGGUUCUGGCUGGUUCCUGGUUCCUGAUUGGUUUAUGUGAGGGCUGGGGUGCAGGAAUAAAUGGUAGCAUUCUAUUAUGAGGGCACGGGUUGAACCAGCCUAUGGCCCGUCACGUGACCGAACAACAAUCUGCGCCGCUCGGUUAUGUUGUCAACAAGGCAGCAUGAGCCGUUGUUCAGAAACAUACAACAUCUCUUUUCCACAAAAUAUGUUCGAAUUUUCAAAGUAGUUUUAAUUGGGAAGGCAGAUAAAGCGUUUUUAUCAAAAGCAAUCACUUUUGCAUGUGAUGACACAGAAUCCACAUCACAGGAGGUUGGUGGAACCGUAAUUGGGGAGAAUGGGCAUGUGGUAAUGACUGGAGCGGAAUUAGUGGAAUGGUAUCAAAUGGUUUCCAUGUGUUUGAUGCCAUUCCAUUCACUUCGUUCCAGCCAUUAUUGUGAGCCGUCCUCCCCUCAGCAGCCUCCACAGAUCCACAUGCUAACCUACGUCACUUUUUCACCAUUGGCCGUAACGGGACAGCCAGUUCAUGCCCGGGAUGCAACCCGCUUCCAAAACGAAUGCAAUCACUUUUCAUCCGGUGCAAACUACGCCUACCCGUGCGCCCGGGACAGCUUAAUAGAAUCCCCUCAAUCCUCCUGGAGGUCAGACUGACAGUGAAGCCGCUGCAGCUCUACAUCAUCGGCCACCAGACUAUGUGAUGGAAAGGUCACGCUGGGUCACGUGCAUCUCCCCUAUGGACCCAGAUGAGCCAGAGGUCAGGGCAGGUCACCGCACUCUUGGAGCCUUGCACAGGACAGGACAGGACAGGAAGCCAUGGGUUCCCAUGCUGAACCUACAGGAUAACCUGGAAUUAUUUUACACAGGAGUUGUCCUUUUCAAAACACAUAACUAUAGCAGGGGAAAGGGCAGUGAUACAAAAUAUCUUUAAUGGAAUAGUUUAUUUGUGUGUGUGUGUGUGUGUGUGUGUGUGUGUGUGUGUGUGUGUGUCUUUAAGGACCGCUAAUGUCACCACGUUACUUUGAUUGACAGCUGAGAUCUGUCACUCUCCAGUACACUAGCCACCUUGUGCUGCACUCCUCGCUAAACCUAACCGUCACUCGGAUUGGCUGGUGUCUGUGUUGCUCAAAAUAAUCGACAGACUUGAAACCAUUUAGAGGAAAUCUAUUGGUGGAUUCUACAUAAUGCGUCAUUAUCCCACGUGGAAAGACAAUCUCUAUUGGCCCGUGCACAUUUUCGGGGGCAGUUCCUUUUCUGGUUAGCUGGGGGAGUGUGAAACCGCGUGAGAAAGUUGCCAUUGGGGUAAAGCGAGGCUUGACGCUACAUUGUUGCGCUGAUAGUGGGAGUCGUUAUUUUCAAAACUAACAACAUUUUCCCCUUACGAAACCUUUCUUAGACUGAAGUAUUUUCUAAUCUCACGUUUCAUCGAGUACAGGCUAUUCUUCAGAUACGAAUAGUAAUUUAUGCUGAGCAUUCACCACAAGCUCCCACGGCAAGUCAAGUGGGAACUCUUCAUUACAAUUAACUUCUGUGGAUUUGUUCUAGUAGCCUACCCUUCUUCACUGAGCGCGUUGUGGUCUUGGCUCUGUUGACUACAACUGGAGUUUCGGAUAUUGCUGUGUGGACAGGAUCACACAGCCUACAACAGAGGACGACUACUCUUUUUUUCUCCUCUGGAUGACCCGUCUCCCUUGUUUUUACGGUUGAUACAUGGUCGUAUGCUGGAGUAAAGAAAGAGAAAGGUAUUCUUCCGCGCAUCAGUCGCCGGAGCACCGCUGUUGAGGAGUUGAACGGAGAUCUAGGAGGACAAACGGUCGGACGUUUUCUGUCAUUUUACGGCCAGUCUCGGAAGGACCUAGGAUGCAUUUAUCGUAAACUGGAGCAUCCCCACGCCGGUCCCUAUUUUGAUACCAGACGGUUUUUUAGGAAGAGGACAUCUGCGGAGGUAGAACGAUGUUCCCCCAGGGUCGACACCCGGUAAGGUUGGCCAGUGAAACGCAUCCCCCAUCCGCAGGUUCUCUGCACUCAUUUGUCACGUCGAACCAUUUGCCCAUCUGUAAAGCCCUGUAUGCCGGCGAUGGCGGGUCGGUCGCGGAUGUCGGGCGAAGCUCCUUUGUUUGUCUUUGGCUUAGCGGCUGUCAGCCUGUAACAGUUCUGUAAUGAGUUUAACAUGAUGCACUCCCAGUAAUUGGGGCUGGGCGCACAUCGCACUUGGAUGCUGUAUUGGUGUUUUGUGUAAUUCACUGCUAAUUAGCCUACAUCUAACGUCUUUUAAAUGUUUAAUGAAAUGCAGAAACAAACGGUCAGGUAUUGAGUGAUGUGCCUUUUUUAUUUUGGUAGACGCCCCACCAGGCCCCGGGCCAACCUUUCAAAUUCACCAUUCCAGAGUCACUGGACCGCAUCAAAGAGGAGUUCCAGUUCCUCCAAGCCCAGUACCACAGGUGAGUGGCUGUUAACCACACACACUCACAAGACCCACACACACACAACCCACCCACCCCGAUAAACUCAGAGGCCAAGAUGUCAAACUUUUUGUGCUCAGACUGUGGUAGGUCUAAGCCAUGCUGAUGUGUUUAAGCCAGAGGGUAGAGUUGGGGGUCAGAUUUUCAUAAAUCACCGCUUAUUUUCCCAUGUGUGCAACUGUGCAUGUUGCCAUAUGUGGGAGUGGGGAGGGGGAGAGGAGAGUGAUGAAAUGCCCUGCAUGAUAACAGUAGCAGGCAGUAGGCUAGACUGCUGCUAUUAUAGCCAUAUGACCUAGAACAUCUUAAUGGCCCAUGCAGCAGGUAAACAAAUAUUGGUCUUGCAUGAUUCCAAGAGGUUUUCCAGACCAUGCCCCUCUGCCCUAUAGGCCAUAUUAGAUACGUUUAUCUGAACUACAUUUGGAAUGUCUUCUGGGUACGGGUUCAGGAUUGGUGGUGGUGGCUAUGUGGCGUCCUGUUUUAUUUUGAUAGUGUGUCUGUCCUCGGCAGUUUGAAACUGGAGUGUGAGAAGCUGGCCAGUGAGAAGACAGAGAUGCAGAGGCACUAUGUUAUGGUGAGUCCAAAUAACACACUCGAGAUGUUAACGCACUACCACUGUCUGGAAAUAUACUAUUGCCACAUUGCAAGCAUACUGUCAACUUACACACAUAAACAGGCCUACGCCCACACACACACACAUUGAUUUCCACUACAUUAUCUCAAUAUAUACAGUACCAAUCAAAGGUUUGGACACACCUACUUAUUCAAGAGUUUUUCUUUAUAUUUACUAUUUUCUACAUUGUAGAAUAAUAGUGAAGACAUCAAAACUAUGAAAUAACACAUGGAAUCAUGUAGUAACCAUAAAAGUGUUAAACAAAUCAAAAUAUAAUUUAUAUUUGAGAUUCUUCAAAGUAGCCACCCUUUGCCUUGAUGACAGCUUUGCACACUCUUGGCAUUCUCUCAACCAGCUUCACCUGGAAUGCUUUUCCAACAGUCUUGAAGGAGUUCCCACAUAUGCUGAGCCAGGUCAUCUGAUGCAGCACUCCAUCACUCUCCUUAUUGGUCAAAUAGCCCUUACACAGCCUGGAGGUGUGUUGGGUCAUUGUCCUGUUGAAAAACAAAUUAUAGUCCCGCUAAGCGCAAACCAGAUGGGAUGGCGUAUCGCUGCAGAAUGCUGUGGUAGCCAUGCUGGUUAAGCGUGCCUUGAAUUCUAAAUAUAUCACUGACAGUGUCACCAGCAAAGCACCCCCACACAAUCACAUUACCUCCUCCAUGCUUCAUGAUGUGAACCACACAUGCGGAGAUCAUCCGUUCACCUACUCUGCGUCUCACAAAGACACGGCGGUUGGAACCAAAUAUCUCAAAUUUGGACUCAUCAGACCAAAGGACAGAUUUCCACCGGUUUAAUGUCCAUUGCUCGUGUUUCUUGGCCCAAGCAAGUCUCUUAUUUUUAUUGGUGUCCUUUAGUAGUGGUUUCUUUGCAGCAAUUCGACAAUGUUGGCCUGAUUCACGCAGUCUCCUCUGAACAGUUGAUGUUGAGAUGUGUAUGUUACUUGAACUCUGUGAAGCAUUUAUUUGGGCUGCAAUUUCUGAGGCUGGUAACUCUAAUUAACUUAUCCUCUGCAGCAGAGGUAACUCUGGGUAUUCCUUUCCUAUGGCGGUCCUCAUGAGAGCCAGUUUCAUCAUAGCGCUUUGGUUUUUGCGACUGCACUUGAAGAAACUUUCAAAGUUCUUGAAAUGUUCCGUAUUGACUGACGUUCAUGUCUUAAAGUAAUGAUGGACUGUCGUUUCUCUUUGCUUAUUUGAGCUGUUCUUUCCAUAAUAUGGACUUGGUCUUUUACCAAAUAGGCCUAUCUUCUGUAUACCACCCCUACCUUGUCACAACACAACUGAUUGUCUCAAACGGAAAGAAAUUCCACAAAUUAACUUUUAACAAAGCACACCUGUUAAAUUAAAUGCAUUCCAGGUGACUACUUCAUGAAGCUGGUUGAGAGAAUGCCAAGAGUGUACAAGGCUAUCAUCAAGGCAAAGGGUGGCUACUUUGAAAAAUCUCAAAUAUAUUUUGAUUUAACACUUUUUUUCAUUACUACAUGAUUCCAUAUGUGUUAUUUCAUAGUUUUGAUGUCUUCACUAUUAUUUUACAAUGUAGAAAAUAGUAAAAAUAAAGAAACUCUGGAAUGAGUAGGUGUGUCCAAACUUUUGACUGGUACUCUACAUCAACAUUCUGAGGUUGUUUUGUCCUUUUUACAUUUUAGUCGUUUAGCAGAUGCCCUUAUCCAGAGUGACUUACAGUUAGGGAAUUCAUCUUAAGUAGCUAGGUGAGAUAACCACAUAUCACAGUCGUAGUAAGUACAUUUUUCCUCAAAGAACUUAUCAGCCAAGUUAGUGCCAGUAGAAAAACACAAGUGGGGGGAGACUGACUGAGAUGCCUUACGAUACUCUUUGAAGAGGUCCUCUGUAGCUCAGCUGGUAGAGCACGGCGCUUGUAACGCCAAGGUAGUGGGUUCGAUCCCCGGGACCACCCGUACACAAAAAAAUGUAUGCACGCAUGACUGUAAGUCGCUUUGGAUAAAAGCGUCUGCUAAAUGGCAUAUUAUUAUUAUUAUUAAGAGGUAAAGCUGUUAACUAGCCCUCUCCAAUAAGCAGACUACUUUGAGAUGUAGGAAAGGGAAAUAUACUGUUAUCCUAAUGAUUACAACUCUGUCAUCCACAGUACUAUGAAAUGUCUUACGGGCUGAACAUUGAAAUGCACAAACAGGUAAGCCUUGCUCACACUCGCUCUUACUCUUUCCUAUAGUGUGUGUGUUCACGCAGGGAAUGGGCUUUUAGCCUGCCAGGGAAGUUGUGUUAGAGUGAGGGUUCAUUAGUGAUGGAUGGUGCUCUGUUUCUCUCUCUAGUUAGACCUGGUGGUACGAGCCCAGAGGCAGGAUGAAUUACUCUGUUGAUUGAUUGGUACUGUCUGGGGGAGUAGCCUGUUUUAUUGCAUUGAAGAGGCUGGGCUGGGGAGGGCAUAGGAAUCAAUCACAGAGCCCUUUAUCGAGAAAAUGCAGAGGAGCACUCUUCCUCGAUACACACACACACACACACACACACACACACACACACACACCAGCUUGCCCCACAGGAACAGAGCACUCUGGCUCACAGCAUUUACCAGUAAUUACCACAGAAAUCGAUUGGUCAGGACAGAGGAAAUUGGAGGUGGAAUAGCCUGGGUGGUUUGCUGAGGAAGGAUUAUGUGUGUUCUAGCUCUCUCUUUCCCUCUGUCUUUCCAUCUCUCUUUCCCUCUGUCUCUCUCCCCUCUCGUUCUGAUAGUAAUGCAUGCCUCCUAUUGUGGGGGAGAUGCCAUUUCUGCUCAUUGUCUCUGUAGAGGGUCGUAUUGUGAGUGCUGUAUCCCUGCCCCGCCACACCGUAGCCAGUUGCUCUGGCUACUCCAGCCCCAGGCCUAAUAGGGCCUCCCCUUGGAGCCUCCCUUCUGUCUGCUCCGCUGCCUGAUUGAAUGGAGUUGGAGGAGAGUGGAGUGGAGUGCCGACCCAUUCUCCUGCUGCUCUUAUUAGGGUAUUGGGGCUGAAUUCCAAACCUAACCUUAACCUCUACACCUACGCACGUAGACCUUAACGGAUUGAUUCAGGUUUCAUGAAGCAGUAUGGUAUUAGGCCUAGCUCCAUCUUGCCCUCUGAUAGGCUAGGGGGAAGUUUAGCCUAUCCAGUCCUCAGGUGUAUUACAGAUCCAGAAGUGCCUGGGGGUUCAGGGUUCAGGGUGGAUCUGGCAUUCAACAUGUCCUAGUCCCUGUAGGGCUCUCUCUCUCUCUCUCUCUCUCUCUGCCACCUGGCAGAACCCUGUUGCUCAGGUCACGCCCUCAGACCUGCAGGCCCUCGUCACUGUUAUCCUAGCUGAUGACUCGACAACUCGCCGUGAUUUCAAUGUGCGGUUCGUCGUGUCACCUACUACCGUAGUUGAACACACUAGUUAGUGUUAUUGUUCAGAAUCAGAGCAGAAGUCUGCUACAUGACCAAAGGCCGUCCUUUCAUUGUAAGCCCCUGGCAUGUGUGAUAACCACCAUGAUGUCUGUCUUCUGGGGUGUGGUUGGGUAAGAGACAGGCGAGGUGAGUGACUUUUAUUGGUCCAUUGAUUUCCUGGCUCCUCUGACCCACUUGGGCCCCAGGCUCUGAGUCACGCAAUGAUUCCCUUAACCGUUCCUUAAUGAAUCCCUGUUAACGCUCUCCUGUGGGUUUAGCCCAAUGUGUCUUGGAACUCAGCCUAUUCCCGGCCUGCAGCACCUAUCUGCCGGCUAAGAAUACCCCUCAGAGAUGCUGCUUCCCUUCUGGAAAAGCACAGUGGGAGAAGCAGGUAUUUUCUUGGCUCACAGGCGUAUUCUGGGCGAGCUGCUGUGGUUCUAGGAGCUAGACAGCAGGCAGCAGCAGGUGUGCUAACGGUAAGGCGGUGAGGACGGGGCCAAUGGCUGGGCUGCUAGAAGAUUGGCUGGAGGAACUCUUCUGAUAAUGUAGCCUGCAUCUGAUAUCAUGGAGAUCUGUAUGUAUCAAGCGUCUGAUCUAGGUCAGCACUCCUGCUCUGAGAAGCUUGAUACAUACGGCCCCUGGGCCCUGACUCCAUUUCUCACUCGCUUUUCAAAAGAAAAUGGGGGGGGUGUGAUGUCCUAUUAGUGCGUUCGGAGGCUCCUCUAAUUCCCCCUGCACCCUGACCCGCCUCAGAUCAAUUUGAUUGGGCGAUAUGUAAUUUGAGCUGCAUCAUCUGAUUUGCAGCCUCCGUGGGGGUAUAGGGUAUCCAGCCAAUCGCAGUCACCUCCGGGGGCCGGAUGCCCAGCCAUGGAUAUGAGUGGGACCAAAUGAAAUUAGGAGUGAUGAGAUUAUCUUAAAGCGCCGAUGGGAAUAGGAGCGAGGCAGAGGGGGAAACUUAAUCUAAGGCUAACAUGAUAGCAAGGCAGGAGCCUCGGUAUGAUUCAUUGCAGUGUGUGUGUGUGUGUGUAUGGUGGUCAUGUGUUUUCUGAGAACUGUGGCAGGCAGCAAGCUGUUAACUAGCCCUCUCUCCAGUGAAUUGUUUAUGGAGUCACUCAUACCCAUAUUGACUUUUUAACAUUUUAUUUAGCCUUUAUUUAACUUGGUUGGUCUCAAUGAGAUAAAAACAUAUAUUUUUCAAGAGAGACCUGGACCAAGAUAGCAGUGUGCAUUGAUCCUAUAUCUUGACAGAUAGCGGCAGUUGGUCCUGAAAGUCUGGCUAUCCUUCAGCAACUCUCCAGCAUUACAUACACACUAGGGUUGGGCAAUAUUUGAGCAGACCUCUUCUACGAUAUGCUUCUCCAAAUAUACGAUAUUCGAUAUAAUCGUUUUGCAAUGUUAAUGACUAAAUAAUUCAAAUGUUUGUUUUUAUUUACGAUAUUAUAGUCGCAUUCUCAUUACUAUGAUCGCUCCACUAUUUCCUGGUUGCUAAAACGUCAGUUUAUGUGACAAAAUAAGCAAGUAUAGUGUAGAGAAUCAUUGUACCAUCUAAACCGCUGUGAAAUAUAUUUUCCAUAACCAAAAAUAUUGUAUUUUCAGCUGUUUGAAGCUGGUGUACAAAACCAAAAGUAAAAGAUGCAAAGAUUAAACUUAAGAACGGGAAGCAUAGAACUAGCGCACAUAGAACAGAUUUACCGCUUCUUAGACUUGCUUUCAAUGAGAAUGACAGACCUAUAACUCACAUUUCUAUUUGAAUAUGGUAGGAUUGCCCAAAAAGUUACAUAUUGCAGCUUUAAAUAAUCUUAGUAUGACAAAAAAAGAAGGCUUAGUUAAUUCAUUUAGACUUUAUUUUCAACAUAUUAAUACAGCCUAUCUGAUAAAACUGCACAGUUUGAAUUUGUAAAGUUCAAAUAGAGUAUAGUCUUAACCAUCACGCUAUAUUGUCAAUGUCAAAUAUCACGAUAUUUAAUCAUAUAUACAGUGGGGAGAACAAGUAUUUGAUACACUGCCGAUUUUGCAGGUUUUCCUACUUACAAAGCAUGUAGAGGUCUGUAAUUUUUAUCAUAGGUACACUUCAACUGUGAGAGACGGAAUCUAAAAAACAAAAAUCCAGAAAAUCACAUUGUAUGAUUUUUAAGUAAUUAAUUUGCAUUUUAUUGCAUGACAUAAGUAUUUGAUACAUCAGAAAAGCAUAACUUAAUAUUUGGUACAGAAGCCUUUGUUUGCAAUUACAGAGAUCAUACGUUUCCUGUAGGUCUUGACCAGGUUUGCACACAUUGCAGCAGGGAUUUUGGCCCACACCUCCAUACAGACCUUCUCCAGAUCCUUCAGGUUUCGGGGCUGUCGCUGGGCAAUACGGACUUUCAGCUCCCUCCAAAGAUUUUCUAUUGGGUUCAGGUCUGGAGACUGGCUAGGAAUGCUUCUUACGGAGCCACUCCUUAGUUGCCCUGGCUGUGUGUUUCGGGUCGUUGUCAUGCUGGAAGACCCAGCCACGACCCAUCUUCAAUGCUCUUACUGAGGGAAGGAGGUUGUUGGCCAAGAUCUCGCGAUACAUGGCCCCAUCCAUCCUCCCCUCAAUACGGUGCAGUCGUCCUGUCCCCUUUGCAGAAAAGCAUCCCCAAAGAAUGAUGUUUUCACCUCCAUGCUUCACGGUUGGGAUGGUGUUCUUGGGGUUGUACUCAUCCUUCUUCUUCCUCCAAACACGGCGAGUGGAGUUUAGACCAAAAAGCUCUAUUUUUGUCUCAUCAGACCACAUGACCUUCUCCCAUUCCUCCUCUGGAUCAUCCAGAUGGUCAUUGGCAAACUUCAGACGGGCCUGGACAUGCGCUGGCUUGAGCAGGGGGACCUUGCGUGCGCUGCAGGAUUUUAAUCCAUGAUGGCGUAGUGUGUUACUAAUGGUUUUCUUUGAGACUGUGGUCCCAGCUCUCUUCAGGUCAUUGACCAGGUCCUGCCGUGUAGUUCUGGGCUGAUCCCUCACCUUCCUCAUGAUCAUUGAUGCCCCACGAGGUGAGAUCUUGCAUGGAGCCCCAGACCGAGGGUGAUUGACCGUCAUUUUGAACUUCUUCCAUUUUCUAAUAAUUGCGCCAACAGUUGUUGCCUUCUCACCAAGCUGGUUGCCUAUUGUCCUGUAGCCCAUCCCAGCCUUGUGCAGGUCUACAAUUUUAUCCCUGAUGUCCUUACACAGCUCUCUGGUCUUGGCCAUUGUGGAGAGGUUGGAGUCUGUUUGAUUGAGUGUGUGGACAGGUGUCUUUUAUACAGGUAACGAGUUCAAACAGGUGCAGUUAAUACAGGUAAUGAGUGGAGAACAGGAGGGCUUCUUAAAGAAAAACUAACAGGUCUGUGAGAGACGGAAUUCUUACUGGUUGGUAGGUGAUCAAAUACUUAUGUCAUGCAAUAAAAUGCAAAUUAAUUACUUAAAAAUCAUACAAUGUGAUUUUCUGGAUUUUUUAGAUUCCGUCUCUCACGGUUGAAGUGUACCUAUGAUAAAAAUUACAGACCUCUACAUGCUUUGUAAGUAGGAAAACCUGCAAAAUCGGCAGUGUAUCAAAUACUUGUUCUCCCCACUGUAUAUAGGAUAUCGUGUGCAGUUGACCUGGGGUGUAUUCAUUAGGAACCAAACGGGGAGGGACAUACCUGAACUAGUCCAGUAAGAAACUCUCGAUUUCAAAAUGUUUUGCUACGGUGUGCACUAAUGAAUAAACCCCAGCUGGAGUUGACCUGCACAUGGCUGUGUGAAUACAAUCGGGAAUGUUUUUAGAUCCGACGGCCCCUAGGCACUGCUGGAUGUAUCUUCUAAGCUGUGAUGGUCACUGCACUACCCAUACUGAUCCGUCCAUCCUCUCUCUACUCUUCAACAGACAGAGAUUGCCAAGAGGCUCAACACCAUCUGUGCACAAGUCAUCCCCUUCCUCUCACAGGAGGUAAGUGUGUGUGCUUGUAUGUAGUCAAUUCAUUUCGUGUAGUAGGCCCAGGAUAUUACGUGUGUAACGCUGUGCGUAACGCUGUGUGUAACGCUGUGCGUAACGCUGUGUGUAACUGUGCCCAUGCAGCACCAGCAGCAGGUGGUCCAGGCGGUAGAGAGAGCCAAGCAGGUCACCAUGGCUGAACUCAACGCCAUCAUUGGGGUACGGGGACUUCCCGGUCUACCACCCACUGUAAAUACACUCUACUGCAACUUCCUUUGUCUGUGUGUGUGUGUACUGUGUGUGUGUGUAUGUGUGACAUGCUAUUAGUGAAAUGUCGACAUGUCUGUGACAGUUCUUUAUCAGGAUAUGCUGCUGCUGUGUUUGGUAACCAUAACAACAUGUGUAGCUGCUGCUGUGUUUGGUAACCAUAACAUCAUGUGUAGCUGCUGCUGUGUUUGGUAACCAUAACAACAGGUGUAGCUGCUGCUGUGUUUGGUAGCCAUAACAACAUGCGUAGCUGCUGCUGUGUUUGGUAACCAUAACAACAUGCGUAGCUGCUGCUGUGUUUGGUAACCAUAACAACAUGUGUAGCUGCUGCUGUGUUUGGUAACCAUAACAUCAUGUGUAGCUGCUGCUGUGUUUGGUAACCAUAACAACAGGUGUAGCUGCUGCUGUGUUUGGUAGCCAUAACAACAUGCGUAGCUGCUGCUGUGUUUGGUAACCAUAACAACAUGCGUAGCUGCUGCUGUGUUUGGUAACCAUAACAACAUGCGUAGCUGCUGCUGUGUUUGGUAACCAUAACAACAUGCGUAGCUGCUGCUGUGUUUGGUAACCAUAACAACAUGCGUAGCUGCUGCUGUGUUUGGUAACCAUAACAACAUGCGUAGCUGCUGCUGUGUUUGGUAACCAUAACAACAUGCGUAGCUGCUGCUGUGUUUGGUAACCAUAACAACAUGCGUAGCUGGACCAAUGCUGUGUUUUGGUAACCAUAACAACAUGCGUAGCUGCUGCUGUGUUUGGUAACCAUAACAACAUGUGUAGCUGCUGCUGUGUUUGGUAACCAUAACAACAUGUGUAGCUGCUGCUGUGUUUGGUAACCAUAACAACAUGUGUAGCUGCUGCUGUGUGUUGGCUGUUUGGAUUUUCUCAACGGUUCUGUGAGGCUUUGGAAGAGGGGGGAGGUGGUGGGUGAGGUGGGUUUGAUGGCUGUGGCGGUUGCCAUUUGAGUCUUAAUUGCAGGAUUCCAGAGUGUAUAAAGUGGGUUUGAGAGUCUGGUCCCCCCCACCAAGCUGUCAGUCAACGUGUUUGUGUGUGUUAAAUGAGUGUAAUGAAGCAUGGACACCCUCCCUGCUCCCUCUCCGGCUCACCCUAACACCCCCUGACACACAGGCUCCCCCCGCCUCCACCAAUACUUCCCCUCCAUUUACUCUCACCAGUGGGGGGAGGUGUGUGUGUGUGUGUGUGUGUGUGUGUGUGUGUGUGUGUGCGCGAGCGAGCGCCCUUUGCCAUGCUGUUUUGGCACAUCGAACAAGGGCUCGGUGGUAUGUGUGUGUGUUUGGCGGGCAAGCCUAGGGAUUAACACUGUGAAAGAGUAGGUAUGGGGUUAGAGUGCUGUGGCGUCUCUCUCCUGUGGUUCUGAGGGGUGGGGGGGUGGGGUGGGGUGGCUUAGUCAAUUAGAGAUAAAGAGGAGGGUUGACCUUCACCACCGCCCCUCCCCCACUCUCCUGCUGAGACCCUCCCUCCCCCUCUCCCCCGCGGCAAAUCUCAGAGGUUUGAUUCCUGCGGCUACUGUCUGAAGACGCAAUAAUGAUGUUUUGGAACACAAAGGCAUUUCACGCUCAGACGAGCGCCUGAUUUGGUGUGAAAGAGACCGAGACCUGACAGCUAAACGCCCCCAAUCCACCAGAGCCCCCCCCCCCCCCCCCUCCCGCCCUCCCUGCCUGGCUCGCAGGCAGCAGCUGGGGCUCUCCAACCCCCUCCUCCCUCCCUCUUCAGGCUCUGGGCUGUGAUCCCAGCUGUCAGUAUUGUUCAGUAUUUGUGUGUGUGUGUUUAGAAAUAUAGAGUGUGUGUUGAAGGGAGAGGUUUAUGGCUCUGCCAUUAUUUGUGAGAAGGCCACAUCGUAGAAAGCUGCUCUGGGUGAAACACUGAAGGAUCAUGAAUUCCUCUAGAUUUUCACAUUGAUCACUCUGCUCCAUCAGUCUGUUAAUGGCUGGUUGUAUUGAUUGACACCCUUUUCAAGUGGAUUGGGGAAUAUUGAUUGAUUUUGGAUUAGUAAUUGAUUGCACCUCUCUCCUGUAGCAGCAGCACCUGUCCCACGCGCACGGCUCCCAUGUCCCCCUCACCCCCCACCCCGCGGGGCUCCACCAGGCCCAUUUGGGAGGAGGGGCCAGUCUGCUCGCCCUGUCCAGUGCCCUGGGGGCGCCGCCGCCCCACCUGGCCAGCAAAGAGGACAAGAAACACCCAGUAGAGGUCGAGCACCUGAGAGGUGAGACCCACCCGGCCUUGUUGCUGGGCCUGCAUCUGAGGAGGAGUCUGUCUGGCCCGCCCACAUAGUAGAGUAGAACGGACUGGACUGUGUCAUCAUUGGGUUUGUUAAUAAUAAAUAUACUGAAAACAACAAGUGCACGGCUCAGGAUUCUAAUUAUUUUAUUUUUCUCUCCAUUUCUUUUCGUGUGUUUUCCGUGCCGCCCUGGUGUCCUCGACACCUUGAUGCUGUGUGUCAUCGUUGCUAUGGGAACAGAGCGAGAGCCAGGCACAGUAAGUACUUCCUGUUACCUCUGGCUGCAGCCUCGACGAGCGCGAGCUAAAUACCUGAAAUGAAGCAUCAUACCCCUCCUAGAUGAGAUGAUACGAGAGAGUCAACUAGUCCCUGGUUGCUAGGGGACCUGAUGCUACUUUGCACCACAAAGCACAAUCCAUCUAGUUUCCCCCUUAGCACUUUUGAUCUUAACCCCUGCUAAUCAUUCCCUAAGCCCACUCACUAUCUUUCUCACACACAGACACAGCUCUGUGCCACCCACCGUCCUUGCUUUGAUUCACCUCCCUCAUUCUCACAUCAAACUGGCCUUCAUUUACACAUUUAGACAUGCAUCCAUGGCUUUUAAGUGUGUGUGUGUGUGUGUGUGUGUGUUUUCCUCUGAGGUUAACAUUAUGGCAGGGUGCUGGGGUGUUGGUCUGCCUGCCGUUACUGGAUUGGCCUGGAUCUGCCCUGGUCUGUUUGGCUCGCUCUCCAAAUGAGGGCUUUAGCAGAGCUGGCACACACACACACGCACGUACACAGACGUGUACACGCACACACACACACAAUAACAGGAGCUCUCGCCAUUGUUGUGUGUAUUAAACACCUCAGUGAGCAGAUUGCCCCUCCCCCCACUCUGCUGAUCCUGCGCUUAAAGGGCCUCAUUGUGUUUAAUACGGCUGCUGGUGGGGGGGGGGGGGGGAGCUAGAGCGUCAUGACCUGAGAGACAGUGGGGAAAUUGCUUGUGUUUUGUGGGUCAGCGCUUUCUAAAGCCUUUAAAUAAUGUUCCCCUGAGAGGCAGGGCGUGAAGGAGCCUUUGGCUGGGGGGGAGGAGGCCCCUGGCCCUGCCUGUCUAUUGGUCCUCUGUGUGUGUUUUCUGCGGCUCCUGGAUGCACAUUUCAUUGACAGCGUCAGGCCUAAAUGGACUCCAACAUGAUGGGCUAAUCCACACACAAUGGGAUCUGUUAGUCAGGGGAGCCAGGGGAGGGGAGGGGGUUGUGGAAGUGAAUCACACACACUGCCCUUUAGCUACAGUGGUAAAAGCUGGACAGGGCCAGGAGAGGGAGCACUGAUAAAGCGGCAGAACUGCUCUAAUCAGCGUCUUCUCUGCCGUGUGUCAGCCCACCACCACCACUGUGACUGAAGACUGACAGACAGCCCCACCUGCCCCUGGCCUGGAGGGUGAAGGUGCUGUAGUCUAGGGUUCUGAGACACACUCCUGUAGGUUUUCACUCCAACUCCAGUUUUAACUAACCUGAUUCAGCUUAUCAACCAGCAAAUUAUUAGAAUCAGGUGCGCUAGAUUAGGGUUGGAGUGAAAACCUACAGGAGGGUCUCUCUCCAGGAACAGGGUUGGAGUGAAAACCUACAGGAGGGUCUCUCUCCAGGAACAGGGUUGGAGUGAAAACCUACAGGAGGGUCUCUCUCCAGGAACAGGGUUGGAGAGCCCUGAUGUAGAUGCUGAUUUCCCCACUAGUGGUUAAGGUUAGGAUUGGGAGAAGGGAAGCUGAUCCUGGAUCUGUACCUAGGGGAAACGUCACCCAGGAGUGGCCUGUAGAAUGUCAUGUCUUCUGCUAUUUCCUCACCCCCCCCCCCCCCUUCCUGUCUUUGGCAGAGUAAUACCCUGCUGGUUGCUGACAGUUUGCGGAACUCAGACAAGCGGCGCAACGGACCAGAAUUCUCCAACGACACCAAGAAGAGGAAAGUGGAGGACAAGGACUCCAGUCAUUAUGUAAGCAGCAGCUGUGAGGGUGAUGUGUGUGUGUGUGUGUGUGUGUGUGUGUGUGUGUGGUGACUGACACCCUGUUUGUCCCCACAGGAUAGUGAUGGGGAGAAGAGUGAUGACAACCUGGUGGUGGAUGUCUCCAAUGAGGUAACGUGUGUCUUUCUGACGUGUACAUGCCUGUCUAUGAAUGUUCUGUUAGGCCUCGCUAGAUAGCUCAAAGAUAGAUAGACUCUAUGGAUGUCAUAUGGGUCCUAGUCAAAAGUAGUGCACUAAAUAGGAAAUGGGGUGCUCUUUAGGAUGCAGACUAUUAUUCCACAUGGGGGAAAGUGGGGCGCUGAGUGAGUCAGUGUGUGAAUUAACCUAUCCCCCCCCCCCCAGGACCCUGCCUCCCCGCAUGGAACGCGCCUGCCAUCCCCCAGGGAGAAUGGGCUGGACAAGACACGCCUCCUGAAGAAGGACCCCUCCUGUAGCCCCGCCUCCACAGCCUCAUCUGCAAGCUCUUCCUCCCUCAAGUCCAAAGAGAUGGGAAUGGUGGGUGUGGCCAAAGCUCUCAAUACACCUAACCCAAUUAUGUCUAAACAAGGCUUUAAUGCUGGAUCACAGAAACACACACAAUUGACCUUCCCAUUUCCCUCUAAAGAGCGGCAAAUAUAUAAUCUCUUACCCUCUUUCUCUCAUUCCAUCUCUUAAUUUGUCUCUCUCUUUAAUGGUGUGAUAUCUGGGUAACGAAUGCCUCUGUGUGUUUCCAUGGCAGCGUGAUAAGCCGGGUACGCCUGGGCUGAAGUCGAGCACGCCUACUCCCAGAGGAGACGCCACCCCAGGACCCAGCGCCACGCCCACUCUCCGACCAAGCCUAUCCAAGCCCCCCUCCAUGGACCUACCUCACCCACCUAGUAAGAGGAAAAAAAGUCACACCUUUGAAUUGACCUCGGUGCCAUUUCCAACCCUUCCUAACAGCCUAUAAGGCGGCAGGUAGCCUAGCAUUAAGAGCGUUUGGCCAGUAACUGAAAGGUCGCUGGUUCUAAUCCCAGAGCCGGCAUGGUGAAAAAUCUGUCUGUGCAUCUAAAGCAAAGCACUUAAACCUAAUUGCUCCUGUAAGUCGCUCUGGAGAAGAGUGUCUGCUAAAUGAAUAAAAUGUUGAAUGUAUAGGACAGGCAACCUACUAGUAUACAUUGGUUUUUGUUAGGGAUUCUACACUCCUUUGGUAUUUUUUUUCAUUGGUCCUUUGUUAAUACAAUGCAUUUCAGCAGUCAAGUUUUCAAGAUGGAGUGCUUUCAGUACAGAGCAAAAACUUGAUGAUGCCUUGAUGCGUUUUGGCGUGACUGAAUCCAGUUCCAGUUGUUUUAACCCAUCUGACAACAGCUCCUGUGUACCCCUUAGCUGCUGGUCUGCGGACCCCGCUGGCAGUGCCAGGGUCGUACCCUGGGCCUUUCGGAAUGCUUCCCCACGCCGCCAUGAACGGGGAGCUGGCAGGCGCCGCAUACGCCGGCCUCCACAACAUGUCCCCCCAGAUGAGUGCUGCGGCUGCCGUCGCUGUGGCCGCGUACGGACGCUCCCCUAUGGUGGGUGGCCGAGUGGCCGAGUGUUCGCUUAUUCAGUCAAUCUGAGUCCAUAAUCUGUGCUCAUUGUGUGUCUAAACGGCUAAGUGUCUGUGUUCACGUAGGACCCAAUGCGGUUUCAACUGACCUCAUUUCUCUGGUGUGUGUGUGUGUGUGUGUGUGUGCCCAUGGCUCUUUAUGAGUGUGUACUCAUCCCUCUCUCUGUGUUCUCCCUCAGGUGGGCUUUGACCCUCAUCCUCACAUGAGAGUCCCUGGAAUGCCCCCCAGUUUAUCAGCCAUCCCUGGAGGCAAACCGUGAGUGUGCGGGGACAGUGAAUACUUUUGGAGCUCACUGUAUCUCAAAUGUAUUCCAUGCCUUAAUUCCACCUUCCCUCCUCUUCCUCCUUCACCUCAUCCUCCUCUCAGGGCCUACUCUUUCCACGUUAGCGCCGAUGGACAGAUGCAACCGGUGCCCUUCCCUCCGGACGCCCUGGUGGGCCCGGGCAUCCCACGCCAUGCUCGCCAGAUCAACACUCUGAACCACGGCGAGGUGGUGUGUGCCGUCACCAUCAGUAAUCCCACGCGCCACGUCUACACGGGUGGCAAGGGCUGCGUCAAGGUCUGGGACAUCAGUCACCCUGGCAACAAGAGUCCCGUGUCCCAACUGGACUGCCUGGUGAGUGCUACACGCACACACACAAAUAUACAUGCUUUUAUCCAAAAUCACACAGUUGGUGCAUCGUGCACCAACCAACCCCACCGGGGGGGGGGGGGUGUCUGAGAGAGAAAUCUGUCACAUGCUCUAAAUAUAUACCUACCCACCACUGUUACAUCGUUUGUGUAUUAGAGGCCCAAAAUAAGUGUGUGUGUGUGUGGUGUGUCAGAACCGAGACAACUACAUCCGCUCGUGCCGGCUGCUCCCCGACGGCCGGACGCUCAUUGUGGGGGGCGAGGCCAGCACGCUGUCAAUCUGGGACCUGGCGACGCCCACCCCGCGCAUCAAGGCGGAGCUGACCUCCUCUGCCCCUGCCUGCUACGCCCUGGCCAUCUCCCCCGACUCCAAGGUCUGCUUCUCCUGCUGCAGUGACGGGAACAUCGCCGUCUGGGACCUGCACAACCAGACCCUGGUUAGGUAAGGAACACUGGGAGGAGAAUACAUGGCCAGUAGGGAAUAGGUAGAAAUUAAUAGCCUUUAGUAACCACAGGUCCAGGGUCAGCUAUUGUAAUAUCCCGCUAAUGGUUAAGAUUGAGUGUAGGGUUCUCUGAUCCUAGAUCUGUGGUUAAGGGCAACUUCUUUCCUUGAGUGAAUACACAUGAAUGUUUGUACAGGUAACUGCCAAAAUAAAGGAAUCACGAACAUAAAGCAUCUUAAUAGGGCGUUGGGUAGAGGUUGACACGGGAGUGAAAAUUCAUUCCUGUCCCGUCUUGUCCUGUAAAGAAAAUUCCCAUACUGUCCUGAUCCCGCAGCAGUUAUAUAACCACGGAACUUCCCUCUCCCGUCCCAUGCUCAUUUUUACAUGCAGAAAUGACUUUCUCCGUUAGCUGCUCUGUGUGUGAGUAGACAUGGCUGCUGCUCAUGACGGUAGCCUGCCCUGCACACACAGCUGAUAACAACCACAGUCAGUCAGUUGUGUAAUUGCUCGGCAAAGACAACUCUAUCAAAUUUAGCUAAAACAUUGCUGUUUCCUUUUCAACGGCUCUAAUGUUAGUGAUGGGUCCUUGGCUGCAACAAGACGUUGCAAUUCCUCUCUCGAAUGUUUCGUCAUUCUCUGAUGUACGUUGACCUCUGAGGUAAAGUAGUGACUGGCUACAACUGAAGUGGGGUGGGGAGGGUUGAGGGGGGAAUGCUUUUUAUUUUUAUGAAGUCCACUAUAUAUUAGGCCUACACAGCUUAAUUGAUGAAAUGCUCCACACAUGACAUAUUUCUAACCCCCCCCCACACUCCCAUUCCUGCCGGAGUGCUGAUCCCAUGUCAACCUCUAGCAUUGGGCCACCAGAGCAGCUUCAAUGCACCUUGGCAUAGAUUCUACAAGUGUCUGGAACUCUAUUGGAGGGAUGCGACAUCAUUCUUCCACAGUAAAUUCCAUCAUUGGUGUUUUGUUGAUGGUGGUGGAAAACGCUGUCUCAGGCACCGCUCCAGAAUCUCCCAUAAGUGUUCAAUUGGGUUGAGAUCUGAUAACUGAGACAGACACUCACACACUAUGCUCCUUUGAGACCCCUCUUUCAAAGUCACUGAGAUCUCUUCUAGCCAUGGUAGACAAAAUAUUGGGCAACUGGACUUUUCUAUACAUUACUCUAGGGUUUCCUUUUCUAUACAUUACUCUAGGGUUUCCUUUUCUAUACAUUACUCUAGGGUUUCCUUUUCUAUACAUUACUCUAGGGUUUCCUUUUCUAUACAUUACUCUGGGGUUUCCUUUUCUAUACAUUACUCUAGGGUUUCCUUUUCUAUACAUUACUCUGGGGUUUCCUUUAUUUUGGCAGUUACCUGUAUAUGUUCACGUUUUAUCUCUGAGUGUACAGUAUAUUUACAUGUGUGCUUGAGAGGGUCGUAUACCAUUUGUGUGUGUAUUUGAGCGUGUUAUGAAUUUAUAUAAUAUACCAUUUAGCAAAUACUUUUAUCUAAAGCGACUUAAUCAUGCAUGCAUACAUUUUGAUAUGGGUGGCCCCAGCGGGAAUUGAACCCACAAACCUUGGCGUUGCAAGCGCCUUGCUCUACCAACUGGGCCACACAGGACCACAUACAGUAUUUGAUAACAUAUCUGUUUUUAAUGUGUGUGUUGUCCACCGCAGGCAGUUCCAGGGCCACACCGACGGAGCCAGCUGUAUUGACAUCUCCAACGAUGGGACCAAGCUGUGGACGGGGGGGCUGGACAACACUGUUCGAUCCUGGGACCUGAGGGAGGGACGCCAGCUGCAGCAGCACGACUUCACCUCACAGGUACACACACACACACACACACACACACACACACACCUGAGCGACACAACAGCUCCAGCAGCACGACUUGAAACCACAGGUUGACACACACACACACACACACACACACACACACACACACACAGGCAUCUCACAUCACUGGUGACGAAAGAUCUCAUGCACUUUGGUCGCAGCUCAUUUUCACCUUGCAACGGUGUGUUGUUUAGGACGUCCUUGUGUAACAGGAGUAUCCAUAGUAAUGCAGGACUUAUCACAUAUCACAGGUUACAAUAGCCAGCACAAUAGAGUGUAUUAACAGGUUUGGCCCGGAGCAGGAGGCUAUUAGCUUAAUACCUAAGAAGUGAAUUGUAAAGGGGAAAAGACUGGGUUGCUUGUUGUGGCAGGUGGGGCAGUCCUCUGUUAGUUUACAUGUUAUUUACAUGACAUUGUGGUCCUCUGUAGCUCAAUUGGUAGAGCAUGGCGGUUGUAACGCUAGGGUAGUGGGUUCGAUCCCCGGGACCACCCAUACAUAAAAAUGUAUGCACACAUGACUGUAAGUCGCUUUGGAUAAAAGCGUCUGCGAAAUGGCAUAUUAUUAUUAUUACAUUAGCCACAGCUGUGUGCUAGCAGAGAUGCUAUUGAAACAAGGCCUGGAGGUUAGCGGUUAGUGCAAGACAUCAGCUGGUCUCUCACCAAGCAUUUACCCACCUGUUACGUUAAAAAAAUGCAUUGAAAAUAUAGCGAGCGAUACUUUUCUUUCAAUAGCGCAAACGGCAAUCAGUGUUGACCCACCUAGUUAAUUUUUUUAAACACUUCAUCACUGACACACACACACACACACACACACACACUCUCACACGCUCACUCUCUCUCUCUCACACACUCUCUCUCCCACACACUGAGGAGGUUUUCCCCUCUGCCCUUGACUUUGUCUAGAUCUUCUCUCUGGGGUACUGUCCGACGGGAGAGUGGCUGGCAGUGGGGAUGGAGAGCAGUAACGUAGAGGUGCUCCAUGUCACCAAGCCAGACAAGUACCAGCUGCACCUCCACGAGAGCUGUGUGCUCUCCCUCCAGUUUGCCUCCUGUGGUAAGACCAUGUCUCCAGAUCUCUGUGUACGACUGCGUCUCAAAUGGCACCCUAUUCCGUUUGUAGUGCACUACUUUUGAACAUGGCCCAUAGGGCUCUGGUCAGAAAGUAGUGCACUAUAAAAGAAUAGGGUGCCAUUUUGGAACGCAAAGUAUGACCUAUUCUUGUUAGCUGUGUACAGUAACUUUAAUGUCUGAUAUGUCUGAUAUGGUAUUUUGUCUCCCUGUAUCCUGGGGUUAAAUUGGCACCUCCUAACUGAUGGAACUGCCCCCCCAAAUGUUUUGCUUCUCCGUGGUUCAUUUUCCAUUUUGAACUGAGAUGUACAGUGAGGGGAAAAAAGUAUUUGAUCCCCUGCUGAUUUUGUACGUUUGCCCACUGACAAAGAAAUGAUCAGUCUAAUUUUAAUGGUAGGUUUAUUUGAACAGUGAGAGACAGAAUAACAACAAAAAAAUCCAGAAAAACGCAUGUCAAAAAUGUUAUAAAUUGAUUUGCAUUUAAAUGAGGGAAAUAAGUAUUUGACCCCCUCUCAAUCAGAACGAUUUCUGGCUCCCAGGUGUCUUUUAUACAGGUAACGAGCUGAGAUUAGGAGCACACUCUUAAAGGGAGUGCUCCUAAUCUCAGUUUAUUACCUGUAUAAAAGACACCUGUCCACAGAAGCAAUCAAUCAAUCAGAUUCCAAACUCUCCACCAUGGCCAAGACCAAAGAGCUCUCCAAGGAUGUCAGGGACAAGAUUGUAGACCUACACAAGGCUGGAAUGGGCUACAAGACCAUCGCCAAGCAGCUUGGUGAGAAGGUGACAACAGUUGGUGCGAUUAUUCGCAAAUGGAAGAAACACAAAAGAACUGUCAAUCUCCCUCGGCCUGGGGCUCCAUGCAAGAUCUCACCUCGUGAAGUUGCAAUGAUCAUGAGGACGGUGAGGAAUCAGCCCAGAACUACACGGGAGGAUCUUGUCAAUGAUCUCAAGGCAGCUGGGACCAUAGUCACCAAGAAAACAAUUGGUAACACACUACGCCGUGAAGGACUGAAAUCCUGCAGCGCCCGCAAGGUCCCCCUGCUCAAGAAAGCACAUAUACAUCCCCGUCUGAAGUUUGCCAAUGAACAUCUGAAUGAUUCAGAGGAGAACUGGGUGAAAGUGUUGUGGUCAGAUGAGACCAAAAUGGAGCUCUUUGGCAUCAACUCAACUCGCCGUGUUUGGUGGAGGAGGAGGAAUGCUGCCUAUGACCCCAAGAACACCAUCCCCACCGUCAAACAUGGAGGUGGAAAUAUUAUGCUUUGGGGGUGUUUUUCUGCUAAGGGGACAGGAUAACUUCACCGCAUCAAAGGGACGAUGGACGGGGCCAUGUACCGUCAAAUCCUGGGUGAGAACCUCCUUCCCUCAGCCAGGGCAUUGAAAAUGGGUCGUGGAUGGGUAUUCCAGCAUGACAAUUACCCAAAACACACGGCCAAGGCAACAAAGGAGUGGCUCAAGAAGAAGCACAUUAAGGUCCUGGAGUGGCCUAGCCAGUCUCCAGACCUUAAUCCCAUAGAAAAUCUGUGGAGGGAGCUGAAGGUUCGAGUUGCCAAACGUCAGCCUCGAAACCUUAAUGACUUGGAGAAGAUCUGCAAAGAGGAGUGGGACAAAAUCCCUCCUGAGAUGUGUGCAAACCUGGUGGCCUACUACAAGAAACGUCUGACCUUGUGAUUGCCAACAAGGGUUUUGCCACCAAGUACUAAGUCAUGUUUUGCAGAGGGGUCCAAUACUUAUUUCCCUCAUUAAAAUGCAAAUCAAUUUAUAACAUUUUUGACAUUUGUUUUUCUGGAUUUUUCUGGAUUAGUUUGUUGUUAUUCUGUCUCUCACUGUUCAAAUAAACCUACCAUUAAAAUUAUAGACUGAUCACGUCUUUGUCAGUGGGCAAACGUACAAAAUCAGCAGGGGAUCAAAUACUUUUUUCCCUCACUGUAUAACAUAUGUUGCUGCUCUUAUGAUCGAAAAGAGCUUCUGGACAUCAGAACAGCGAUUACUCACCUCUCUCUCGCUCCCUGCCUCUCUCUCUCGCUCCCUGCCUCUCUCUCGCUCCUUGCCUCUCUCUCUCUCUCUCGCUCCCUGCCUCUCUUCUCUCUCUCGCGCAUCAUGCCGAUGCUCUGUCUCUCCAUCUCAGCGUCCCUGCCUCCCUCUCUCUUCUCUGCACUCUCUCAUCUCUCUUGCCUCUCUCUCUUAUCCAUUGCCCUCUCUCUCUCUCGCUCUUCCUCCUCCCUCUCCUCUCUGCCCUGCUCUCUAUCCCUCUCGAUCUCUCUCCUCCUCUAACCUCUCUGAUCCUCUUCUCUCUCCUCUGCAUUCCUCUCUAUAUCUUCUCGAUCUUCUCUCUCUCUCUCUCUCCUCUCUCCUCUUCGUCUAUGCUCUCUCCUCUCCUCCUCUGCUCUAUUCUCUCUCCUUCCCUCCCACCUCUCUCUUCUCUCUCUCUCUCUCUCCUGCCACUCUUCGCUCUCUGCCUCUCUCGCUCUCUUGCCUCUCUCGCUCUCUGCCCUCUCGCUCUCUGCCUCUCUCGCUCUCUGCCUCGCUCGCCUCUCUGCCUCUCUGCCUCUCUCUCUCUCGCCUCUGCCUCUCUCUCUCUCGCUCGCUGCCUCUCUCUCUUCUCGCUCUCUGCCCAUCAGCGUCAGCUCUGCUAACUCUCAGUCUGAUACUACACAGUACUUGUCUCGCUCCCCUGCCUCUCUCUCUCUCUCUCAUCUACGCGUAUCGAUCCCUGCCUCUCGCUGUGGCUCUCUCCUCUCGCACCUCUCUCCUCUCCUUGAACUCUCUCUACUUCAAGCUCAUGACUAUCUCUACUAUCUUGCGCUGUCUCUCGGCCUCUCUCUCUCUCCGCCCAGAUCAUACAAGGCGAACUCGGAACCGUGCUCGCUCUAAUCUGCUAUCUCCUGCCUUGCAUACUGCCUCUAUAUUCGGACCGCACUCUGCAUUGCACUACUCUAAACUCGUGUCUCUAUCGUACUCCUCUCUCUCUCACGUCUCUAUAUCUCUCUCUCUCUCUUGGCUCUCCUGCAUCUGCGAUAAUCUCUACUCGUCUAUAUGCUAGUCUCAGUAGCUACCUCUGACCUUCUCGCUCUCUGCCUCUCUCGCUCUCUGCCUCUCUCGCUACUUAAUGCCUGUAUCGCUGUAUCGUCUUCUGGACCUCUCUCUCUCUCGCGCUCCUGCCUUCUCUCUCUCUCGCUCUCUGCUCUCUCUCACUCUCGCUCUCUGCUCGCUCUCGCUCUCUGCAGAUCUCUCUCGCACGCUCUCUGCCUCUAUCGCUACUCUGCCUCUCUAUCUUCUCUCUCUCUUUGCCUCUCUUUCUCUCUGCUCUCUCGCAUCUCUGCUUCUCAGUGCUCUCGUCUACUCCUCUAGCCUCCAGGUAACUUGGUUUGAAGCACAGGGAAGAUGUCAACCUGGGACGGAAUGCGGUGAAGAAUAUAGAAAACUAAGGGAGGUGACACCGUAUACGGUAGCCACACAGUAUAUGUCACGGGGAGAAGACUAGCACACCGACAGCCGGUUCCAUUGAGAAGCAACACAUUCAUGUAGUUCUUGAACCAGAGCGCUAGCCACCUAACAACAGAAAGAGCCAAUUAAGUAGUAUGGUUAAAGUGUCUGUGGAAAGAACUAUAAAUUGUGGUAUCAAAAACCGAGGCUUGACACAGGUGUGAACUAAGCAUGCUUCACGUAAUAUAUGUCCCUCUCUAUAUUUUCUCUACCCUACUCUUUUCCCUCCUCUCUCUCGUUCUCUCUCUACCUCUCUCUCCGCUUCUGUAGUCGAAGGAGUCUUCGUCGGUGCUUAGCUGUGACAUCUCAGUCGAUGAUAAGUAUAUAGUUACAGGUUCUGGAGAUAAGAAGGCCACUGUCUAUGAAGUAAUCUACUAGACUGCACUAGUGAGCGGGUCGGCCACUGACAAACCAAAGUGGCUUUCUACUGUCCUACAUCUCCCCUGGGUCAGGGGAUCCUACAGAGCAUUCUAUAUAUGUGACCUUUCUACUGUCCUACAGCAGACCCUGGGUCAGUUGAUCCUACAGAACAUUCUAUAUGCAUUACCAUGGGCAGAGCCCCCAGAACAAUGACUGAUGGACAGACAGACAGCAAGACGGACCGAAACCUCAGAGAUGCCGAAUUAACAGCGUUGUAGUUUUUAUUUUGACAGACAAAGAAUGUGAAUGGCCUGGUGACCUCUACCCUUUGUGACCCCUAACCUCUGACCCCAGCCUGCUUUUCUGCCAGACAUGAGCCCCCACUCUGACCUUUAACCCUAGUACCGUGUCCCAUCCUACAUGUCCACUAUCGUGUGAUUAGUUCAGUUUUAUUCUCUUUGUUUUUUUGUUAUCGGUCGAGCGUUUGUAAAAAAGUGUAUAUAUUUCUUUUCUUACAGUAAAUGCUUUAGAAAUAACAGAAAUGUUUGGUAUGUCUUUUACAUGGAAAAAAAUCUAACCAGGAAAAACACUAAAUGGUCUUAAUGCUAGCUAAUAUAAAUCGAAUGAAAUUACUAGACAAUAAAUGUUCUUUGUUUCGAACAAACGUCUUUUCUCUGGCUUCCAAAGUAGUGAACUGUAUCGUUCUAGUUCUUAUAUUAGUAAGGUCAUGACCUUCCAUCCAACAGGCCCUAUAUUCAGACUGCAUAGUCUAGUUCAGGGGUCUUCAACAUUUUCUUUCCCAGGGACCCCCUCCCAGGCAAACCGGCGACCCAGAGACCCCCAUCAUAAGUUAGCAAAAAGAGAAGAGAGAAGUAAUCAAUAUUUUAAAAUGAAUAGAUUUGGUAAAUAGUUUUUCAUUAUUUUGACUUUCCCACAUUAUAAUUGGAAGAGGAAGUGUAAACACUUAACAGCCUAUUAGCUAGAAAGGUAACUCCAAACACAUGUUUACUAAGAGCAUCUGUUUAGCUGGUUAAACAAAGGUUAGGGUAUGUCCAAGUCAAGAAAGCUUACCUACACUGGUAGCCUAUUCGCGUGUAAUAAUUGGCUCCAAUGAGUGUAAUUUGCUCAAUAUUAGAAAGAAGGUAUUCUCUUUUCUACCAUAGAUAUGUAAUUCAAAAUGUGUUUAUUCUGUUGCUAGUGAUAUUCAUCAACCUUAGGGGGAAAAAUACACUCGUACUGAACAAAAAUAUAAACGCAACAAUUUCAUUGAUUUUACUGAGUUACAAUUCAUAUGAGGAAAUCAGUCAAUUGAAAUAAAUUAAUUAAGCCCUAAUCUAUAGAUUUACAUGACAGGCACAUGACAGGGCAGGGGCACAGCCUUGGGUGGGCCUGGGAGGGCAUAGGCCCAUCCACUUGGGAGCCAGGCCAGGCCAAUCAGAAUGAGUUUCUCCCCACAAAAGGGCUUUAUUACACAGAAAUACUCCUCAGUUUCAUCAGCUGUCUGGGUGGCUGGUCUCAGACGAUCCUGCAGGUGAAGAAGCCAGAUGUGGAGGUCCUGGACUGGCGUGGUUACACGUGGUCUGCGGUUGUGAGGCUGGUUGAAAGUACUGCCAAAUUCUCAAAAACGACGUUGGAAGUGGCUUAUGGUAAAUAAAUUAUCUGGCAACAGCUCUGGUGGACAUUCCUGCAGUCAGCAUGCCAAUUGCACUCUCCCUCCAAACUUGAGACGUCUGUGGCAUUGUGUUCUGUGACAACUGCACAUUUUAGUGGCCUUUUAUUGUCCCCAGCACAAGGUGCACCUGUGUAAUUAUCAUGCCGUUUAAUCAGCUUCUUGAUAUGCCACACCUGUGAGGUGGAUGGAUUAUCUUGGCAAAGGAGAAAUGCUUACUAACAGGGAUGUAAACAAAUUUGUGCACAAAAUUUGAGCAAAAUAAGCUUUUUGUGCGUAUGGAAAAUUUUGGGGAUCUUUUAUUUCAGCUCAUGAAACGUGACCAACAUGUUGCAUUUAUAUUUUUGUUCAGUACACACACACACACACUGAGUGGCCAAAACGUUAGGAACACCUUCCUAAUAUUGAGUUGCACCCCCUUUUGCCCUCAGAACAGCCUCAAUUCGUCGGGGCAUGGAUUCUACAAGGUGUCAAGCGUUCCACAGGGAUGCUGGCCCAUGUUUACUCCAAUGCUUCCCACAGUUGUCAAGUUUGCUGGAUGUCCUUUGGGUGGUGGACCAUUCUUGACACACGGGAAACUGUUGAGCGUGAAAAACCCAGCAGCAUUGCAGUUCUUGACACAUUCAAACCAGUGCGCCUGGCACCUACUACCAUACCCCGUUCAAAGGCACUUAAAUAUUUUGUCUUGCCCAUUCACCCUCUGAAUGGCACACACACAAUCCAUGUCUCAAGGCUUAAACAUCCUUCUUUAACCUGUCUCCUCCCCUUCAUGUACACUGAUUUUAAGUGGAUUUAACAGUUGACAUCAAUAAGGAUCAUAGCUUUCACCUGGUCAGUCUGUCAUGGAAAUGAGCAGGUGUUCCUAAUGUUUCGUACACUCUGUAGGUAGGGGGGGUGUGUGUGUGUAUAUGUGUGUGUAUAUAUAUAUAUAUAUAUAUAUAUAUAUAUUAUAUAUUAUUUAUUUAUUAUUUACUUUUCACGUACCCCCUUCAUUAACCUCCGCGGACCCCCGGUUGAAUACCCGUAGUCUAGCUCAUAUGAGGGUGAUUCCAUGCCAGCAUUGGUGGAUAUUUUUUGUUGUUGUUGUUUGGAACAAUAUACUCUUCAAACACAUCACAUUUCCAGAGUGGGCUCUCUGGUACUUUUAAUGAUAUGACCCAUUUUAUACAUAGGUUAUUAACCAUCACAGCCCUCCAUUAGGAUUGCUCAUUUAGCAAAUCACCAGCAGAGGGAGUUCCCUUUUGAAUCAAUUUUCCCAUUCACUGUGUUUGGUGGUGCUCAUAAAAUGUAUGAUACCUUCAGAAUUAGCAGAGAGCCCACUCUGGACAUUUGAUGUACUUGUAGAGUAUAUUAUUCCAAACAAUGUCUUAAAAUGAACAAAAUCAAAAAGGGUACUUUUGAGAUAUUAAUAUUAAUAUUUGUAAUGUAAUAAAUUAAUGUGAAAAUGUGUAUUUCAGAAUCUAGACAUACUCCAUAUGUUAGAGCACACUAUAAGGAGUAUAAUGACACCAAGAUGUCUGUGUCGUCUGGUUCACGGAUCAUAGGUCAAAAAUAGCCAUUUUCAUCAUGAUUUUCACAACAACAAAAAAAAGUGAUACAAAUGUAACCAACAAGUCAAACAUCCAAAUCAAAUGUUAUUGGUCACAUACACGUGUUUAGCAGAUGUUAUUACGGGUGUAGCGAAAAGUUUGUGCUUCUAGCUCCGACAGUGCUGUAAUAACUAACAAAGUAAUAUCUAACAAUUUCACAACAUAUACCCAAUACACACAAAUCUAAGUAAGGAAAGGAAUUAAGAAUGUAUACAUAUAUGGACGAGCAAUGACAGAGCAGCAUGGACUAAGAUACAGUAGAAUAUUAUAGAAUACAGUAUAUACAUAUGAGAUGAGUAAUGCAAGAUAUGUAAACAUAUGUGUUGCCCCCCCAAUGAAGUUCCUAUGUGAGAAUUGGCAGAACAAUCUGAGAUACCCAUAAUAUUUUCCACCUACGCUGGUGUGGAAUCGCCCAUGUAGAGAUGACUGAUCAGACAUGGGUGAGAAUGUCAAAUGGCACUCAUUGCUGUAGUUAUAAUCUAGAUUUUCUCCUUAAAGCUUUUCAAUGGCAGAGACAUUAUCCAGUGGGGCGUUACGUAUGUGUUGAGGCUAAUGAUGUUGAGAACAUAGAGGUCUGGAUGAGGCCUCUGGGAAGCCUUCAUUAGCUGAGCACGGCAGAGCAGACUGCCACCAGGUUUUGAGAAGGUAGGCGCGUUAGCACGGUAGUGAUUGUAAGUUAAUGCUAAAGCAAUGAUCAUUAAGGCGACGGCAUGGAGGUUAAUUUGCAGGCUAAUGUCCAUUAGAGAAGGGCUUCCAUGGGGAAGUGGAGGUGGAGCUGCUGCUACUCUGUCAGCUUGAAAAAUGAGCUGCUCUACUUUCUCGACAGAGGGCAAUGAGACUUGCUACAUCCGCAAUGGGAGACCGUGUGUGUUCAGUUGCAUGGACAUGUGUACAUCAGUUUAUUUGUCAUGCACAGAAUACAGCAAAGUGUACACAGUACAAUGUAAUGUUUGUGUGCUUGCAGAAGGAGUGUGGAGCACUGUUUAGGGCACUUGGGCCGUAGUACAGAUGGAGUACAAGGUGCCCUAAACAAGACAAGCUGUGUAAAUGGAAUCUGUGUUAAAUGAAGACAAAUCUACUGCUAAGUACUGUAGUAACAACCAUGGCAACUAGACUGUCAGGACAGUAUUUAGUCAUUAUCUGUCAAUUACACGGGGCAAGAUGAUACAAUUCCACUGAUUCUCUGAGCAAAUGGAAAAUGUCAAGCCUAAAUUCCAUCCAUCUGUACUCGGAGAGAGAGUUCUCUUUUGAUCUGUGCCAAGGCUGCCCCUCUCUGAUAUCCGGAAGGAUUAUUCUUUAAAUCUCUCUCAAAUCCCUAAUCUCAUUUAUCCCGACGGCAAACCAAAGGUGUUCUCGCUGUGUGUGUGUCAGUCUCCCAUUACUUGUGUCCAAUGUAUGUCUCAAACAAAGAACAGUAGCACAGUAUUGAUGCAGCACAGCAUCACUUUCACCCAUCGCUUUCACAACAUUCUAGGAUCAUGUUAUCUUAGAUCUUCAAUGCUACCCUACAUAAUGGACAGAAUAGAAUCCAUUGAACAUCUAGAAUCUAGAUGGUGUUCUGAGCUGCUGUUCUCUCUCCUGUCUCCCAGGCAUACCAUACGCCCCUCUCCCUGCUUUGUUGUUCAGUCAGUAACAGUGGAAGUGUUAGCAGGCUAAUGAGCUUAGCUCUGUCUCCCACCUGAGGCGCUGAACCAUACUGGGCUGAUCAGAGCUGAUUGAGCUGCAGGUAUCUGACAGAAACACCUGUCUUCCUCCCAUCUCCCUCUUCCAGCCCUGCCUCCACACCUCCCCACGCUGCACACGGCAGAUAGCACAACUCAGCCCUGUCAACACGCAGGAUAAUCAGGAGCUGGGGAUUCUGGGUAAGCCGUAAUAAUCCCUCAGAUGGAAUAUGGAAAGCAUCAGAGAGUUAUUCUAUAGGAUAGAGAUAAAGGUAGAGGAAAAGUGUGUGUGUGUUUGGAUGCUGGUUGUGUGAAGGGAGAGUGUGUGUGUUUUGGAUGCUGGUUGUGUGAAGGGAGAGUGUGUGUGUUUGGAUGCUGGUUGUGUGAAGGGAGAGUGUGUGUGUUUGGAUGCUGGUUGUGUGAAGGGAGAGUGUGUGUGUUUGGAUGCUGGUUGUGUGAAGGGAGAGUGUGUGUGUUUGGAUGCUGGUUGUGUGAAGGGAGAGUGUGUGUGUUUGGAUGCUGGUUGUGUGAAGGGAGAGUGUGUGUGUAUAAUAUGUGUGCCAGCUGUGUGUAUGUGCAUGUGAAAUGUAUUUCAGGGAAAGAAAAUAAGAUGUAUUCAGAGCCCUCCACAUCCCAGAGAAGGUACUACUGCUUGACACCCUUCCACAGUAACUUCCUCUUAAUAUUAAGUCAAUCCCCAAAAGCCUAAUUUAGUCAAAUGCAAAAGAGGAUUCACAUUCUCAUCUUAAUCAAGUAGCAGCUGUGGAUACUGUACCACUAAAGCGCCUCUGUCAGACAAAUCUCAUGAGCAAUAUAAAAUAAUAUCUUAAUUUGCUGCUUUAUAAGGCUAAUAAUUAUGCCAUAUACUGUGUGUAAAUGUCAGCUCUUGUGCAAACAUUUUCGUGUUAAUGGCAGUCUAUAAAUGUCUGAGAAAAGCAGAGCAUCAGAUGGAGAGAAGAAAUAGCACUAGUUUGAAACCUUAAUAACCUUUUUCCUCUCUCUCUCUCUCUCUCUCUCUCGCUCUCGCUCUCUGUCUCUUUCCCUCUCUCUGUCUCUCUUCUUUUCCUCCCUCUCUCUUUCUCUUCUCUCUCUCUUCUCUUCCUCUCUCUUCUCUCUCUCUCUUCUCUUCGUCUCCCUUCUCUCUCUCUCUCUUCCUCUCCCUCUCUCUCUUUCUCUCUUCCUCUCUCCCUUUCUCUCUUCCUCUGUCUCUCUGUCUCUCUCUUCUCUUCCUUCUAUCCUUUUUCUCAUUUCUUCACUACUGAGAUGAUUAGUGUAAUCAGCUGGCUGUGAGAAUGAUGCCGUUAUUAACCGGUCUACUGUCAGGAGGUUUUCUGGAGCAGUGGAUGAUUGUGGGAGCAGGCAGGGAUUGUGUAGCUUCAUUUCAGUUAAGUGGUUAAUCACUAUAUUACUAAUUGCCCCUUUACAGUCUUUAAGAGGGAGGCGAAGUAAUCCAUUUUUACUCCAUGUCUCUUCACUACAGAGGGAAUAUAACCUACAGACAUUGAGCACACAAACCUCAUCACACAGCCCCCUAAAUACCUGGCCCUCUAUUCCCCUCUUCUCACUCACUGCUGCUCUUCAUGACUUUCUGAUGUAGACUACUUUCGUCAAUGCCAAAGCCUUGACAGAGCUCAUCAAUCAGUGCUCACUGAGUCAAUGAGCUUAAAUGAAGAUGCUAGAGACGGGCAAUCCAAUAUAUUGAUUUCCACUGCCUACCUACACACACACACACACACAGAGAGAGUAGUCUAAACAUCAAUCCAAUGGCAUUCACACAAUAUAGGACUGUGCAAAUAGAUACUUAUCGCUUCUCACAUCAGACUUGAGAAUCAAUGUUUCAUCAACAUAAAACGCCCUUGACAAGAGAUGAAAGGUUGAAACUUUUGAUUGAGCCCAAAAUACAUGAAAACCCUGCAGUCUCUCCCAGGGCUCUCUGAUAAUCUCUCAUCUCUGUGUUUAUCCUUGGCUUUGGCGUUCUCCUGCGCGACAUAGUCAUUUAAAUCAUGUAAAACCUUGGUUAAUUAUGCUUGGGGAAAUAAUCUCCAACCGCUAUGGAGCCCGAGCCCAGCAGACCCUCCCCAGGGCCCAACUUUCGAGGGUUUUAAUCGGUAAAAUAUGUGCGCGCGACGUCGCUAAUCUCAAAGUAAUCUCAGACAAUUUAUUUUAUUUUAUUUAUUUUAUGGGAUUUCAUACAGCCACAGAUCAGACCUGAUUUGCAUAAUCCUCUGAUUCUGUUAAAACAAACGUUUGUCCUUUUGUUAAAAUAAAUGUGUCAAUGUCACCUCCUACCUUAACAUUAAAUAUUCAAAAAUUCCCCAUGAUUCUGCCUCUAAUGAGGUGAUAUUAGUGUAGGUGAACCCUACAUCUGUUUCUGGAGCCCAACACCGCAAAUAAUCAUCCUGAUUAUAUUAAUUAUGAUAAUCAUAAGUGCAUUAACUAGAUCAAUUUUAACUAGUCAGUGAAAAUAUCUGUAUAUUUGUGUGUUUGCAUGCAUUACAAGAGUGCAUCUGUGUCUGCGUGCUUCUCUGCAUAUGGAUGUCUCUCCGAUGAAACUCUUGCAGCUCCUCCACUGACCUCCAUUUUCCGGUUAGUGAGUUUAGUGAAAUCCUUCGUGUGGAGAAGCAGUGAUAAACUGGGGAGGAGUGCGGGAGGGGAGGGCAGCCCGGAGGCGAGUGGGAGGGGGCACGCUCGGCUGACUCCAUCACUCCUGGAGAGGGUGAGUUAAGGUGGAGGCAGACCCUGGGCCUGCCUCCAUUAUCAUCUGCAAUCUCUCGCCAUCUCUCUCCUUCCACCCCAUCUCUCUCCUUCCCCUCUAUUUUUAUCCCUCUACUCCUCUCCAUUCCCCCUUCCCUCCAUUCUCCCUCCCAGUCCACUCGUUCAGUCUCAUCUCUCCAUCUCUCUAUCUCUCACACUGCUGCCAGAUUAGAGAUGUUGAAUCGAUGCUGCCUCUGCCCUCACUAAAUGCUCUACAAGCUCCAUUGGCGUUUCACUGGCAUCUGCUGUCCUCUCUCUCUCUCUCUCCUCUCUCUCCUCUCUCUCUCUCUCUCUCUCUCUCUCUCUCUCUCUCUCUCUCUCUCUCUCUCUCUCCUCUCUCUCUCUCUCUCUCUCUCUCUCAUGUAAAUAUUAUAUAGUAAAUCAAAUAAAAUAAUAUGCCAUUUAGCAGACGCUUUUAUCCAAAGCGACUUACAGUCAUGUGCGCAUACAUUUUUACGUAUGGGUGGUCCCGGGGAUCGAACCCACUACCCUGGCGUUACAAGCGCCUGCUCUACCAAUUGAGCUACAGAGGACCACAAAAUAAUUAAUGCUCUGUUAUUGGAGGAGAGAUGGCUGCAUCUUUACAUUUGACAUUUUAGUCAUUUAGCAGACGCUCUUAUCCAGAGCGACUUACAGUUUAGUGAGUGCAUACAUUUUUUCAUACUGGUCCCCCGUGGGAAUCGAACCCACACAGUGACUAAUAUUGUUCUAUUAUAAUAUAUUAAAUAUGGACCUACAUCUCUAAUCAGCCCACAGUGACAGCACCAGCAGUAUAGUGAUAAUACCAGUAGUGUAGGGAUAGUAGCAGUAAUAUCAUGAUAGUACUAAAAGCAUUGUAUCAGUAUGCCAGUAUCUGGAGUAUAGUAUCAAUGUCUGUAGUAGUGUGACAGUAUAUGUAGUAUAGCGGCAGUAUCUGGAGUACUGUGGCAGUAUCUGGAGUAUAGCGGCAGUAUCUGGAGUAUAGCGGCAGUAUCUGGAGUAUAGCGGCAGUAUCUGGAGUACUGUGGCAGUACUAUAGUGUCUAUGGUGAGUUUUACAGUAAUAAAUAAAAGCUGUAACUGUGUGUCUCUAACCAGCCCAGAGUGGCAGAAACAUGCCUAUGACUCAUCACUGAAAUAAGAGAUAAUCACUGACAGAAGAGAUAAUCACUGAAAUAAGAGAAUCACUGAAAGAAAGGAUCAUCACUGAAAGAAAGGAUCAUCACUGAAAGAGAUAAUUGCUGCCUCCUCCUUGUCUUUUCCCCCGUUUAUUUUCCUCUCGCUCUCUAGCCUAGUGAUUACCCCUCGUUAAAAUCAGAGUAAAACAAUGUUAGCGCCGAUCGUUUGUGCUCUUCUGCUUCUCAGUCAUUACCUCUUACUAAAUGAAUGGCCUUUGAGGAAUGUUAUUCUAAUUCCAAUUAGCUCUCAAAGCUUGGAGGGGAGCCAAGGUAGGAAAAAACACACACACAGAUGAACACACACACAAUUGCACACAUACACUCACACAGUCAAGGCACAGACUCAGAACAGCAGCUAAUGUCUCUGGCAAAUCUCUCAGGGAACUCAAGAGCUUUAAACUACACAUUGUAAAUCCCUCUCCGAUUAGUGAAUUCACACACCGCUCCAAACGACUGUUUAUCUGCCACCAAUUACCACUCACAGCCACCAGAGACCUUCACUAUACAAAUAAGCUCUACACAUGCAUACAUACGUACACCCACACCCACACAGAGUCUUAACAGCAGAUUGCUAGGUGUCUUAUCUGUCCAUGUUAGUAUGACGGGAGGAUUUAGUCACAUGACCUGAGAGACAGGAGCAGUCAGGCGCCAAAACUCAUUUCCACCUUCAGUCUCUUAUCUCUUCAGACUGCUCGCCGUGUGUGUGACAGAGCGUGUGAGAGAGAGUAAGUUGAGAUUUGAUGCGGUUGCAGUCAAUAUAUACAGUACUGUAUAUAUUUGUAUAGCUCAAAUGCAUUUAACAGCAAAAAUCUAUAGGUCUGCCCUCUCUGUCACAUACACAUUCCUCGCUCGCUCUCUCUCUCUCUCUGACACACACGCCAAGGUCCCAGGGUGUGCUGCCCCGCCAUUCAACUAUGGUUGCCAGGGUGAUGUAUUAUGGGUCCUACUGUCUGGUCACCUAGCUCGGUACCAUCACCAUGGCGACUCCAGAUGCAAUCUUCCUGGCCAAUCAAAUGGUUGUGCUGACCUGUGGAGAGCAGUGGGCCAGCCGGUGA